GCAUCUCAAUUUUUGAAACCUGGAAGCUGAAAAAUGUUUUUGCUGCCGAAUGUAAUGCACAUUUAUAAGAUAUUACUAUACAACAUCGUGCUACAAUGAAAAUAUUGCCAUGUACCAUAGUAACAGUGAUGGUAUUUCAAUUUUGAUGUUACAUGUUAAGUCUAUUCUUUCGUAGGCCCUCUUUCAGGAACAAAAUUUGCCUGCGUGAAUUUGCCUGAGUGAAUUCGCCUGUUUGAAUUCACCAGGUUUAAUUCGCCAGAAAAUUUAGAAUUUUGCCCAGAAUGUAGUGCACCAUCACAUCUAAUGCGCAUUCAAAUUUUGGAAACUUUAUUUUGCAAAAAAGGUGAGCACUAGAUUCAAGUAAAUACGGUAGAUUCUAUUUGUAAGAAAUUCUUUGAGCUUGGCAACUUCCCAGAGGGCAAAAUACAUUAUUUAAAAGUAACAAUACAAUUAGCAAAGUAUAGAUUGCAAUAUCAGGAGUUUCAUUUUCAUAAACUGCCUGUGCUAUCUCAUUUUGUAAAUGCUACAUUAGUGUACGCUUAGUUAGGAUCACUAUCAUUAAUACAGAGAAUUUAAUUUGUACUAAGAUGGUCAUGGUCUGCUGUUCAAGGUUUCUUCAUUAUGCAGAGCAUGUGAUGGAUUUCAAUGUAUUAUUCAUAAAGUGUGUCAUUACUUUACAUUUUAAAGCAUUGGUGAUCAAUUUGUCACUUUUUACGACUGCAAACUAAAUGGACGUGGGUAAGUGAUUAAGAAGUUUGUUUCAUUUGAGGCUAUGUACACGUACAUGGUAACAUCAAUGGGGGAAUUCAAUAAAGUGGGAAUUGUCUAUAAUUAUAGAUGAAAUCCAAGUGAAUUUUAAAUUUUACACCAAAUUGCAAAAAUUCUACUAGUCAGCUAUGUUUCCCAUUUUGUUAUUUCGGCCUAUAAUUUGAAAUUCACGUUAAAUUUAUGACAAUUCACACUUUAUUGAAUAACCUUUAGCAGAUUUUGGCCACAUUUAUUGUUUUUCUGGUCACCUGUAGAGUAAUGAUACAUUUCCUAGGUUAAAAAAAAUGGUUAUAUAUAUCCAGCUUGUAUCGAUGUUGACACCCCAAGACUUCUCAUUCAUGGCUGAAUCUUUGUGAGGUCUUUUGCGACCGAGAGUGAGUUUGAAUGAUGAGCUUGCGCACACACUUGGUGAAAAGUCUUAGUGGUGAGAGGUGUCACACAUAAUGACUGAAACUCUGCUUCCGGGACACUUGGGAGAUCUCCAGCUCUGCUCCACUCCCACCUAAUUUGACUUCUUUUCCCUGUCCUAAUGUGUUUUAUACCCCACCUACUAUAGACUGUAAGCUCAUUUGAGCAGGGCCCUCUUCAACCCUUCUUUUCUGUAAGUGUUUUGUAAUUGUCCUAUUUAUAGUCAAAUCCCCCCUCUAAUAAUAUUGUAAACCGCUACGCAAUAAUAAUAAUAAUACUAAUAAUAAUAAUAAUACAUAAAUGUAUACUAUGUAUCUUAUGUGCUUUCCUGAAUAUUAAUGAUUUUUUUUUCUAGUAGAGAAACAUUUUAUAAAUGAAUAUUAAAAACUUUAUUUGUGAAAAUUAAGUCCUUUUCGGUGUGAAGAUAAAAAAAGGAUCCUUACCAAUAGUAAGCACUUGAAGACAAUUCUAUGAAAAUGCAUACAUGGUGUUUAUUUGCGUGUUUACAACACAACAUUCCAGCCAUCCUUUUUAGGGCAGCAGACUACCAGAGCCAGCGUUUGAUAAGGUAGAAUUAAACACACAUCACAGGCAGGAGAUACCCACCUCGCCCCCCUUUGACUAUUGCAGACAAAGCUGUAUUUGAUGUUUAAAGAGAUGACUGAGCCAUCUGUCUGGCACAAUUAGAGCUAGAAUAACUUUUCUAAUAAGACCUAUUGGCUUUGAUGCUCAUAAAAUAAAUCCAUUGUCUCCCUCUGUGACUUUAUUGCCUGAGAUCUGGGAAAGACAGAAAACUGAAUAGACUUGUACAUAAAUCUGGACUCUAAACCAGUUAAUGGCUGAGCACCCCCUCACUUAGCCCCCCCUCCCCUCCCCUCCCCUCCAGGAAAAUAGAGGUCACCUUUCAGCAUAGAUAGAUGAUAUCAUGUGUUUUGUCUCCCUUUUAAGCAUGUCCUGGAAUGUUUUUCCAAGAGAGAUAAGGUGAGGCUAUCAGACUGUGUGUUCUCUUUGCCCCCUGCGUUUAUAUACUCCAUUCCUAUUGUUAUCAAUGGGAAACUGAGCGCUCAUCAUUUCCUUUAAUGAUCUUUCCCCCUAUUACCCGUACUGCUAGAACUAAAUGUAUAUUAUUAUUAUUAUUAUUAUUAUUAUUAUAUAACGUCAACAAAUUCCGCAGCACUGUACAAAAAAUAUUCUUUGAGAAAUGAUAUCCCUCUUAGACUGUAAGCUCGUUUGAGCAGGGACCGUCUGCUCAGGUAUGUCCAACAUGUGUUGUUUCUACUAUAUGUUUGCUUGUCUGCCUGUUAUACAGUUAUUAUUAUUAUUAUUAUUAGGCGCCAACAUGUUCGGCAGCGCUGUACAAAAGUUCUAGUAAUAAUAAUAAUAAAAAUACAACCAAAGGCUUAUAGCAGGUAGAUCAGGAGUCUUAUACCGGAAUCACCACUUCUCUGCAGAUUGCAACGUUCGAUAAAACAUUGAAAAAGUUUUUUCUUGUGAUGCUAGAUUUUCUUUAAAGUGCAUAUUAAAGAUUUUGCAACUGACAUCAAAGUCUUGUCUAGUCACAGCCAGGACACACAAUACAAAUUUCUUUGUUUAGGUUUCUUUAUUUUCGUUGUCUGUUCAAUGGUGAAAAGGAGCUACAUUUAAAACAGUGAUUGACUGGGAGCCAAGAUGGAGGUGUCAAGUUUCGGAAUGAUGUAUAGAUUUCUUGACUGAAUUAUUUCUUUCUGACUUUACAAAACUAUGUUUGCCUAAUAUAUGGAUAAUAAGUAACUAUAAUAUUACAAAUCCUGGCAAUUGUUAGUUCCCCUCUAAGCUUGGUAAAGCACAAUAGAAGCUAUAGCUCUUUAGCAACUGUUGGUCAACUUUUUGACCACCAUAACUUUGAUAAAUGUAAAAUCUUAGCAUUGUAGACUGUGAGGGUGAGAAAUUAACCUGUGCUCCGGCACAAUGGCCAGACGCAGGAAAUAAAGCAAUGGAUACAUAAACAGUGGGACUGUUAUUUGUGGGUUUGGUGUACCAGCUGUGUUAUUUAAACGCAAGGUGCACUGCGCUAAGCCACUUAGAGGGUCAUCUGCAACAUCUUUGGCAACAGAUACACUUUUUCUCGUUUUGAUGCUCUGUAUUGGAAGCAGCUGUCAAAUUAGGUGUGUCUGGGGUGGUAAAAAAAAAACUCGACAGUGCUUGUAAAAGGACAUACCCUUGGAAAGACUAGCAGCAGGGUUAAUCAUUAAACUGCGUUGCAGUGAAUUCAAAUCCAGAUUGCAACACAGGUUGUGAACGGUAGUUUUAAGAUGUUCGCCAUUCAGCUAUAAAACUGUAGUCAAUUGAAUUAUUUAUUUUAUUUUGCUGGAGAAUUUUAGAUGCGAGAAUACCAGAGUAUUGCAGUAUGCAAUGAUACCUUGUUUAUUGGGCUAACAUAAUAUUUCAGAGACAAGCUUUCAGGAGUUUUCUUCCCUUGUCUUAGAAAUAUUAUGUUAGUCCAAUAAAAAAGGUAUCAUUGAAUACAGCAAUACUCUGGUAUUUUGGCAUCUUGUCUACUGGACUAAUAUGGCUAAUCCAAUCUACAUGGCUUUAAUAAUACAUAUAUGGUUUACAAUUCACAGUUUAGUGCAUGUGCCCCUAAACGAAGACAUUGAUCAGCUGCCUAGCUAGCCAUUUGGUUUAUGGUUCUUGAAACAGAACCUUAAAAUCUCUUGACUACUUAUAGCUGUAACAUGAGGUCUUUUUGGUUACAUUCAUGCACAUAAACAGCUGUGUUAGGCCCUUGUAAAAGUUUUUUAGUUUUUUUCAUAAACCAUAAUAAAGGAGGAAUUAUCGCUAAGUGUGAACUCUAGUUUAAUUACAAGUGUUUGCUCUAUGACAACGCACCAUGCCCUGAAGUUAUAGGUGUUGGAAAAAGAUUGGCUUUGCACUCUGAAUACAGACUGUUUGUACGUAAAAAAACAAAAAACUUCUACAAUAUCGUAUUAUACAACACUAGGUGUGCGUACUAAAUUCCUCAUGUGACUCAAUGGGCGGUGUCCCUGGAGUUCCUGAAACAUUUCGUGUCAGUUUGUACUCAAAAUGUGGACGACUGCAAGUUCUAACUAAACGUAUUCUGAAUCCUUGCUGAAUGUAAUCCUGGAAGAAUUUAAACCUGCAGGUCAUGAUUUUAGUCUGAGCAUGCUUGGAACAGGAGUGUUCUGCAACAUUAACGAUUUGUUCACAGAAUUGGGGAUUUGACAGCUAAAGGCUUAUAAUGCAAUGUGGUAUAUUGGUUUUGCUUUUUGACUCAGCUAUUUUAGUUUACAUUUUGUUGAUAAGGGGUUUACUUGCAAACCUUGCAGUUCUGGAGAAUUGACAAAGGAAACCUCAGAUUGUAGCGAAUUGAAAACCAAAAUGCAGGAUUCAGCGUGGGAACUGUAAAGUCAAUUAUUGUGGCCUAACUGUUGCAAUUCAGUUUUCAAUUCAGUGAUUUAUUGCUAGCCUUAUAGUACCCUCUGCCCCCCUUGAGACCCUCUGCUCAGCAUUGAAAGUGUUAAAAGCCCUUUUGUUCCUUACCUGAUUCUAGCACUGAUGUCCCUCCACUCUUCUUCAGCUGCGGCGAGCGCCAUGAUCACAUUAUGACUUCCUCAUAGGAAAGCAUUGAAUUAGUGCUUUCCUUUGUUGUUUAAGAUGACGCUGGAUGUCCUCAUAGAAAAGCGUGAGGACGUUCAGUAUUGUUAAGCGGACCAAAGGUCCACUAAGACCCUGGUAGACAGCCACUAGAGGUGGAGUUAACUUUACAAGGUAAUUAUUGCAGUUUCUCAAUAACUGCUGUAGUUACAAUUGCAGGAUUAAGGGGACAGGGACACUGCACCCAGACCACUUCAAUGAUAAAGUCUAUAGUGUCUCUUUAAGGUUUGCUGGAGGAGUUCAGAGUCCCAUGAUGUUCUUAGAGACUUGCACAUCUACUGUGAAAUACCAUACAAGCAUUUCUUCAGAUGGGCUGUUUGCUAUUAUCGCCUUAAGGUUUCUAGAGGUUACGUUAAUUUACAUAGAAUGCCCUUGUUGUGCCAGGACAGACAGGCCAGAUAUAAAAUAUAAAACUAACUAUUUCCAUCACUUUCAAACAUACCAGCACAGCCCCCCAGCUAAAUUUUUAUUAGCUAUCGGGUUGUACCAAAACCCCGCAUUUGACAGUUCUCCUUUAAGGAAGAGGUAAAAUGUACAGAAAAUGGCUGCCAGGGAGAGGUGAAUGAGACAGAGAGAGAGACUAAUGGCAGUCUAAAAUAUUUGUAAUAGAUGUUUUAUACUGACCUUUCGGAUAACUUCAGCUGCUGUCUGUACCCUUUGGCAAUGAAAAGGUAUAAUGUGAUUGGCUCUUGGCUGAAUGGGAACAUUCUACACGCAAUGGGAAAAAAGUGAGUUCUUGAUAAAUGGAUUAUAAGAAGCACUGUAGAAAUUAUGAAUCAGAUUUUGUAAAGCCCUGGUCGGCUGUAGAUAAGUGAAGGAAUCUUUUCUGAGAUUUUAUAGCAGGGUACCUAUUUUUAGCUAGCAAAUAACGGAAGACAGACAAGUUUUACCUUGAAAAAGCCUCUAAAAAAUAUUGUCUUGUUUUAUGUUGUUAUCAAUAUGAACAUUAUUGUGGCCACUGACUACAUUGAGGAUUGCAGAGAGUCAAGAAGAGAAUUUCAAAUUUCAAAGCUGAGUUAGAAACUGAGCUCAACAGUUUCCCAAAGGUUGGUAUUGGAAUCCAUUGUUGCACAUGUUUCUAGGUUUGGUGUUUAUUCAAUAAAUAGGGAAAUGUACAGAAAUGAAGAAGGAAUUUAUACAUUUCCGGUCAAAAUUGCUGAUCAGUAAAACAGCUGAGCUGGAGAUAUAUUUGAGUUCUUUUUUUUUUAUUUGAAAUUCCCUUUUCAACUCUCCAUCAUUUUGGGGUUUAAUGAAAAGACUGUAUAUGUAAAUAUUGAAAAGCAGUGGAUAACAUGAUAAAUCAGUCUUAGUUCAUGUGGAAAAGAUGACAAGGUAUUCUCUCACCAUGUACCAGGACGUGUUGUGGUGUUAAAAAUCUCUAAGUGAUGUGAUAUUUUUGUGCACAUUUUUCAUUGCAAGUCAUAUCCCAGGAUAUUUGUUAAACUAACACCUCUGUCCCUCCGUUCCUAUAUUUCCUAGACAAGUUCAAGAUAUGCUUGAUAGAUAAAUGUCACAGCAACUACAGAGCAUGUACUGUAGUUGCUGUGCCAGAGAAGGAACCACCGGUAGGAUGGUUUUAAUGCUCUCCCCUUCAUUCGGGGAAGAGGUUUAUGUCAACUCUAUCAUGAAAAUUGAUUGUCAGUUGGAGAAGGGACCCUAUCUUUUGAUAUAUUCAUUAUAAAAUCUAUAUAUCGCGAUUUUGCUAGCACUAUGUAUAGAUGAAAUGUUAUAUAAAUCUAUUUUUACAAAGUUAUGUGUACUGUAACAGGUACUUCUUAACCUUCUGUAGCACUUUUAAUCAUUUUGAAUAAUCAAUGCUGGAGUGGUAGUUCAGUUGUCAGCUUUCUGUUGUAGAGAGUAAAUGGAUGGAAUACAAUUCCCAGGAUCCCCAGGAAGUAUCUUUCUUUUAUUUUUUUAGCAAAGAAAGAAAACUGUGAAGAAACAGAAGGGUGUGGUUUUUGUGUAAAUGUAGUUUUUCAAAAAUAUUAAAAAAAGGUUAAUAAAAAAAAAAAUCUCACCCAGCAAAAUCAAUUGUAACCCUACCUACACAUUGAACCCAUUUUAUUGGUUCUUGGCCUGUCCCUUUAAGGCCUAGUGUUGCUUUCUUGAAUUGACUAAUGUGUCAAUUUAUCUGUUUCCUUGGAAGCAGUAAAGGCAGUCUUGUAUAGUUUCCCUGCACCAGUCUGUGCCAGACAUUCCAUAAUGCAAGACUGAUUCUCCAGUCUAAUGUGCGUAGAGGGUAAAUAGAACUGGCAGCCAUAAUGGAUGGUUUAAAAGUUGGGAGGCUAGGCACUGUUUGUUCACUGGCACUGGAGGGUGACAUGAAUUGCAACCGGAGCUAGCACUAAAUGACAUUUUAAAAGGAUUGUUCUUAUACUUUAAUAUCAGCGUGAUUAGGCCAGGGAUAGGCAACAUGUAAUUACCUAAGUUCCCCUUUUAUUGUAAAGCGCUGUGGAAUAAGCUGGCGCUAUAUAAAUACCAAUAAUAAUAAUAAUAAUAAUAAUAAAGAAAAACUCCAACUCCCAUCAUCCCCAACCAGGAUUUACGUAAGCAAAGAGUACUAAAAAUGUUGCAAAUUUUUAGUUCCUUGGCUAUUUUUAAAUUGCAAACAAAUUAAAAAACAUGCUACAUUGACGGAAAUAUCUGUAUGUAUCUAUCAUACACAAGGAUAGAGCAAAUAUGUAAAGGGAUUUUUAGCAACACAGAUGCUGUGCAAGUAUUUCCUUCAUUUCCUCGCGGGAACUUUUGCUCAGAUCUGGGAGUGUAGGCUAUAUCGUGGGAAACUCCAUUCUAUCCGUAUCUUUAGUAAUUCAAUAGUGACUUCGAUUUCAAAAGGUUAAAAGAACCGAACUCAAUUUUCUCGCGAGAAAGUGAUCUUUUUUUUUUUUUUAAGUUUGGAAAAAAAACCAUCAGAAGUAAUUUUUGAAGAUUAUUGCUAAUGUAGACUUAAAGUAGCAUUGCAAGCUGCCUAUCAAUAAACCACCAAUAGUUAUCAUUCCAUAUCAAAGCUGGUCUUCACCAGACCUAGAAACUGAUUAAUCAGCCAGAAAUUCAGUUAGUUUCUUGGCAUCUUGCAGAGGACCUGUAAAUUACACCAUUCCCAUACCCCUCCCGCGCUGUACCGGAACCUGGACUGAUAAAAUCAAAUCACACAAUCAAAUCAUGAAGCGGGGAGGAGGGACACGAGAGCCCUGAGCACACACCAGCUUUCUGUAAUACUAAUCUGGUUUUAUUCUGUAUUCACUGUAUGUAGGAAUAAUUCACACAUAGUUUCAUGACGCUCAUUAUACUAUUCUGCUGCCAUUAUUGGAAUCUGCAUUCCCAACAUUGCCAGCAGAUUUAUUAGAAAUACCUGUAUAAAACUCUAUAACUUAUUUUUUUAGAGAUAUCAUUUAAUUUUUAUGUAUUCCUGAACAUUUGUACAUUAAAGGAACAGUAGUGUUAGCAAUACAAACAUGUAUUCCUAAAACUAUAGUGUUGGACAAGCUGUUGAGGUCCACGGUCACCCUCUGUGUGGAGAAAAAAGGUUGAUUUACGCAUCUUUUCUCCAUCGCCACACUGGCUUUGCCACGGCAGGCCCCGCCUUCCUGGCUGAGAUCUUCAGUCUUGAUGAUCUCAGCCAAUCCAAUGCUCUUCAACUGGGAGACUAUUGCACAUGCGUGGCAUGCUGCACCAACCAUUAUAUUCAUAAAUAUGCAUUAAAGAUGCCUUUGUCCUAAAUUGAAAAAAAAUAAAAAUAGUUUUUACACUGUGAUUGUUUAGAAGUAAAUGUAAUUGCUUUUUUAAAACCAGUUGCUGUUUAAUAAUAAUAAAAAAGGUACAAGGUACAAAUAGGUCAUAUAUUUUUAGGAUUGUAUACAUUUUUAUACUUUUUUUUAAUUUACAUUUUUUCUUAAAAAUAUAGCUCCACCAUACCACUUUAUAACUUUGUUGUACUAAUAAGGGGAAUCAUUUCAUCACAUACCUUUUUACAAUUACCUGCUGAUUGAGGGUUUAAAGCUAGCUAUAUAAUCUUGUACUCUUGGCACGCCUUAAUGUUUUUUGUCACUUAUCUUUUUUACUUUCCCUGAACAACUUGGGUAGAGAGAAGGCCUUGUUUUUAUGUAACCUGACGCCUUGCGUCUCUAGUGAAGUCCUGUGCACUUUGCAGGCUUGCUGUUCCACAAAUCUAAAAACAAAUGUAACUUUACCUACUCAGCCCCCUGGGAAUAGAAAAAAAACAUGUAUUGUGUCUUUUAUUGUACUCCUUAAAAGCAUUGAGUGCUUUUUAUGUAAUUUGGUAAGUUAGAGAACUACCAUCUGUUCCACACUAACACUUUGCCGGUUGUUUCAAGUUCUCCUGGAUCCAUAUCACUUACACAAUUGGGCAUUACUUGAAAGGUUUUGUGUGCAGGUAAUUUAUUAAAGGGAAACUCUGAGCACCAAAACAACUUGAGCUUAAUGAAGUGGUGUUGGUGUAUAGCUCAUGCUCCUACCUGAUCAAGCUCAAUUCUGGGCCAUUUACGACUUUAAUCACUUUUGUUUCUGUUUAAAAGGACACUACAGUCACAAGAACAACUUUAGCUUAAUGAAGCAAUUUUUGGUAAAUAACAAUUUCUAAAGCAAGUUAACAUCUGAUUGAAAAAUGAAGUCAUUUUUCAUGCAGGCUGUGUCAGUCACAGCCAGGGAAGGCGUGGCUAGGGCUACAUAAACAGAAACAAAAGUGAUUUAACUCCAGCUAUACAGUACAUUUAUCACUGAACACAACUAUGUGCCUAAUUUGCUCAAUCAGUCAUCUCUAUUACAUUUGGUAAGUGAAAACAUAACUGGCAUGACUUGUUGAGAAUUGAAAGUAAAUCCAAAGGGAAUUUCAAAUAAUUUAAAGUUAAAUCCAUAGAUUGAGAUUUUAGCUUGGGAUUUCACGCGGUUGUGCUAGUUUGCUAUGAUGUUUAGUCACUGUUCGCAUGAUAUAACCAUCACUUAUCUUGCCCCUCUGUUUGUAGAAUCAGGUGUUGCUUGAUAUACACAGAGAUCUUUCUUACUCCAUCCACAAAAACAAACAUGUGGGGUUGGCGGUGGGGGUAAUGAUCCAGUGACCACGUGAGCAUGCACUCCCCCAGUGAAUGUACAGUGUAAGCACAACGUGGACAGAUUUAGCACAAUAAAGAAGGAACUUAAACGCCCUUCUCUGCUGUUUGCCCUGUUUUGACCUAAAAGUAACAAUUCCCUGACACAUGUUCCCAAUUCCCAAUAUAGUGUAAUAGAGAGAGAACUGUUGGGAACAAUCCAGUUGAGUUCACUCCUAGCCAGGGCACACAAUGCAAAUUGAGGAAAACAUUGUGAAAAGACACAUGUAUGCAUAAGGUUAUUUACUAAAGUGAAAAUUGUACUGACUUCAAAGUGAAUUUAAAAGGCCAAAAUAGCUGAACUAGGAAAAUUCUCGAAGUCAGCUAGCUAUGUUUCCAGUUCUUCAUUUUUGGUCUAAAAUUUCAAAUUCUCAUUUUAGUGAGAAGGAAAGACUAAUAUGAUAAGAAAAAAUAUUUACAAAUAAAAUUAAAUCUUAGUUUUUUAUUGAAACGUGACUUGCACAGUUUAGAGUUGGAAUUCUAUAUAUUUUAUGAUGUGUAAUGAUAAAUGUUUAUAUAUUCACAUACUUUACGGAAAUCUUCUAACCUUUGCCACAAUCUCUCCUGGGUCUGAAUGUAUUGUGAAUCUGCUGGGCAGAUGAAGCCACAACUUUCUCAACAAAGUAUUGUCUUGAGAGUUUGUGUGGAGUUUACUAUAUAUGAGAAAAUAGUUGUGGGAACGGUUAGUUAAUUUGCAUCUGCAAAUAUAUUGCCAUUGCCUUGGUAGCCUUAAAAAAAUAAAAGUAACCCUUUCACUAACUAAUUUUAUUUACUAGAUGCAAAAAAAGUCUUAUUAAAGGGACUCCAUAGUCACCAGAACCACUACAAUUUAAUGUUCUGGUGUCUAUAGUAUAUCCCUGCAGGUUUUUUAAUGUAAACAUCUUUUGUGAGACUGGUUGGGGAGGAGGGGGCGUAAGUACUAGUUUGGGGAACACUGUGAUAGAGUUUUAGGAUUUUACUAUAUUUAGUGAGGCAAGAGGGGGGAUCGACUCAUUACAGACUCCAUGAAAAAAAUAAUAUUCUAAAAUGGUUUGACUACUUAUAGUUGGGGACGCAUGGGCACAACUGGCACCAUAACCAUCGUUAUGGUGUUUGGAGUGUUCCAUUAAGUAUCAUUGUACCAAUUGAUCUGUUUCUGGUAUGCCUUCUUUCAUAUUGUAAUUUUUUACAUUUAUUUUUUGCUAUUACAGAGGUGGCUACCAUGUCAUAAUACAUUUUUUUCAUUUACUGAGGAACAAUAUAGAGAGGAUCCAGUGGAGUUAUUGGACUUCCUGGGAAUAUAAAGUGAAUUUUUACAUGUUUGGCCAGAAUUUAUUCUUUGUGAAUAACAUGUACUGCUCUUUGUCUUUGUGUUUAGCUGAGAUAGCAGUGGUGAGAAUUUGGUUCCUAAGGGCGAGGAGGGGAAUAUAUGGGAAUCUUUCCCCUGUAGCUAAGGUACUAAUUCAUUCUGAGUUAUGGCAUAGUUAACCUCUGCUUUACAUUUAUGCUGAGCACACUGACUCUCAAAGUGUCGAACUCCCUUCUGUGUUAACAAGAAAUCUAGAAUAACAAUGAAAUUGUUAUUCUAUAUAAUCUAGAAUAACAAUUGCUUUAUUAUUAAUAGGACAAUAAAACUGGUUACUAGAGCUUUUAAUUCCGUAACAGAUUUUCUUUGUUUGUCUGGUGAAAAUAAUUUUCCACUAUCCCAUUUUACUUUUUUCCUUCCCUUAGAAAGUGCAGUGUUUUAAAUGUUUAGGUAAGAAGUCAUUGAUCAAUGUUAGUUGCAGAUUGCAACUUUUUGAGUUCUUCUGUUUAAUAAUCCUUGUGAUUAAAUGGAAACUAUAGUCACCAGAACCACUACAGCCUAAUGUAGUGGUUCUGGUGUCUAUAGCCUGUCCCAGCAGGCUGUGCACUGUAGAUGUUGCCUUUAGUGUUUAUUAGGGAUCGACUGAUAUUGAUUUUUUAGAGCCAAUACCGAUAUUCUGUGAACUUUCAGGUCGAUAGUUUACCGAUAUUCUGUACAUUUACCAUUUUGAGAAAAUUUAUUUUUUUGCAAAUCUUGUGUGGUAAAUGGAAAAAAAAUAUAUACAUGUCAGUCAUAUUUUGUUCAUCUUUUCAAGAAUAUUUAUAUGUAUGUGUAGUGGAUGCAGUGAGAGUUUUUGAUUAGUAAAUGCAGUGUGUGUAUGUGUGUGUUUGUGUAGUGGAUGCAAUGUGAUUGUUUGUGUAGUGGAUGCAGUGUGGGUAGUGGAUGCAGUGUGUUUGUGUGUAAAUAUGUGCGGUAAUGCUCCUCUCCCUUAUCUUUUAGUGCCCCCCCCACGCCAGUGUUCCUUUUCCCUUCCCUGUACCUUAGUGCCCUCCCUCAAUGUUCCUCUCUCCCCCCUAGUGUUCUUUCCCCUCUCCCCUGUCCCAUAGUGUUCUCCCCUCCCCUGUCCCAUAGUGUUCUUUCUUCCCAACCCCUUCCCUGUCCCAUAGUGUUCUUUCCUGCCUGCCCCGUCCCAUAGUGUUCUUUCCUCCCAGCCCCUCCCCUGUUCCAUAAUGUUCUUUCCUGCCCCCCUCCCUUGUCCUAUAGUGUUCUUUCCUCCCCCCCUCCUGUCCCAUAGCAUUCCUUCCCCCCCGUCCCAUAGAGUUUUUUCCUCCAGCCCCCCUCCCCUGUCCCAUAGCGUUUAUUCCUACCCCUCUCCCUCCCUCCUCAUUUUCUCCCAAAAUGUAACUGCCCCUUGUCUUGUCUCUUACGGUACAGGAGAUUCAGUCUCCUGAUUCAGUCUCCUGCACCUGGCCAGACUGACAGGAAGUGCUCUCUCAGUGAGCACUUCCUUUCAGUCCGGCCGGGUACAAGAAAACAUAAGUUCCUGUACCGCGGUGCGCACUGCUCUGCUCGGCCACGCAACACAGAGUGCCUGGCAGGAGGGAGCGCUGUGCACCCACUUCCUGCCGGUUACUCCAAUCUAGCGUCCCCACCCCAGGCCCGUGCGCACUAAGGCGGCUGCUUAUGCCACCUUAUGGACACGCCGGCCCACCUCAUUAUCGGUAUUACCGCUGAUUAUCGGCCAAUACUGAUAUUUACAAAAAAUUGGAAUAUCGGCAAAACCGAUAAUCGGUCGAUCCCUAGUGUUUACACUGCUGCUUUGUAACACAUCUAGUGGCUGUAACUCAGAUGGCUAUUAGAGGUGCUUCCUAGUCCAGUGCUGCACAGUGUGCAGUAUCUCCAUGCUCUGCAUGGAGGUGCUAAACGUUGCCCUUAGAGAUCUAUUAAUUCAAUGCACAGCGCUGCAGAAUUUAUUGAUGCUUUAUAAAUAAUAAUAAUGCAUCUCUAUGAGAAGCUGCUGAUUGGUGCAGCUCUGGAUGGCAGGGGACGACGACUAAUAUAGUUAGUUUGAUACUCUAGUGUCAGGGAUACAUGUUUGAAUUCCUGACGUACAAAUCUACAGACAGAAGCAGCAAUGUGUGAAGGUCAAAUUCCCAGACAAGUCUGUCCUUGAAUGAGAGCUGAAAAGAAAAUUUAGAUCUAAUCUGGCAAACACAACAAAUGUUUAAUAACUUGAACAGUACUUGUUUUUUUAACAGAUUAAAAUGAUCUGUUAUUUUGUAUAAAGUAACAAUAUGUAUAUAUUUAUUUCCAUACUAUUUAAAAAAAAUUAAGAAAGUAACUCCUUACUGCUGCUACUUCCCAGAUAACCAGUGUACAAGGACUGCCAGCCAGGAGCUUCUCAUUGUGUUCUAUAGAGUUUACCUGUAUGAUAAAUCCCUAUCUAACAAGUGCUUAUGGGACAUAUAAUUCAUUCAGCCCCCACUGCAGUUUCACUCAUUAGAUCUAAUGACUGGCCCUGUCAGAUGAGCUCACGACACUCAUACUGUAUCUACAAUCAAUACAUUCAGUUUGAAAUCGAGCUGUGCACAGCAUUACCACCAUGAUCCAGUGACCACGUGAGCAUGCACUCACUCAGUGAAUGUACACUGGAAGCACAACCUGGACAGAUUUAGCACAAUUAAGAAGGAAUUUAAACUUCAUUCUCUGCUGUUUGCAAGGAACUCUUAGCCUUAUAUGUGGUUGGAGUUAGAAGUUUCAAAUUAAUCUGUUUUUGCAACUUUGCAAUUUUUUUCUUUAAAAAGCUCUGCAGUUUCAAAUUACUGUGUGCUGGGACACAUGGGCCUUUCAUGCACAAUAAGUUUGUCAGCUAGCAUGGUGCUUAAAGGGACCCUUUAAGAGUGCCCAUGCCCUGUCCUGUCCGCACUGCAUGGCAACGAAUCCGUGUGGACAAGAAAGGGCAUGCUGUAAAAUAUUAGGACAGUUGGACAUUGGGCUCUGUAAAGCUCUCGGCCAGCAGCACUACAAAUAGACAUGCUCAUUAAGCAUAUAUUUGUUAUAUAGCACUGUAUACCAGCUGAUUAAUGCUGUAUAAUAUGAAACUGUGGGGCUAUCUCAUCCUCACCCUGAAAUUAAAAAAAAUCUGUGGAUUCCCACCUUCUCUGGUAUCAUAAAGGUUUUGUUGGCUUCUAAAUGUGUCCCCUUAGGUUUGUCAGUGGCUAUCUUGUCGCUAAUGCAUUAUAUUGGCUAAGGGGGUGUUUAUUUUAAUAGAAUGACAAGGGUUAACGCCAGGGGUCUUUUUACUCUCUUAAUAUACGUCUGUUUCAUAUAUCAUGUAAAUGAAUAUAAAGAUUCAAACUGUUUACAUAUACUAUGUGUCCUCUUUUCAUUUAGAAGUCCAAAGUCCUUUUUUGUGCUGUGAUUUUUGUUUUGUUUUUACGCAAGUCUUGCAACAUGGAUUAGAGUUCUUAUACAAUUUUUUUCAAUUCUUCAAUCAGUUUGUUCUCUAUGUAUUCAUAAGAUUAUUCCUGUAUACCGGUAAAGAUCAGUAGUCUGGUGGAGAUUAUUUAUCUGGUCUCCCAUCACUCAAUUACAACAAAGGUGAUCAUAAAUGAUAACUGCCAAACAAUAGGGUUUAUCCACUAAACAGUGAGAGCUGAUGAAUUAACAACUCACUUGUAAAUAUAGGCUAUUAUAGUCAUACACUUUGGCCAUAAACAUCCCCACACUGUCAGAUUCAGUAGGACUGUUUGAUCUAUGGCUACUGUCCUGUCCCCAAUAAGCCCAACACAUGGGCACAUCAGAGGGAGUGCGGACCGAGCACAGCUGUCAAUCAGCUUGCCAUUCAUUCAUGUCAUGCUAACAUGUCACCAUUUUUGGGGAAGGUUUGCCUCCCCUAGCUCUUUGUUAGUGAUACUGAGAGCUGUGUCUUCAAGUGUAUGACAAUUUUUCUACCUUCUAUUUAGACUUUCAUUAUGCAUGUUGGUUCUCAAAUUGCUCUUCAGUGCAUGCUUUCCUAUGACGUAGCAAGCUGUGAUCAAGAAUAGAACAACAUACUUUAACAAACUUAAAAAAGCUAGACAAAAAAAAAAUAACAAUAAUAAAUGAAUAAAUAAAAGAAAUACAUUUUCACAAGUAAAAUAUGUUUAGUACGUAGUUUGGCAAUAAAUACUAGCUAUUAAAUUAUAAUUUGCAGUGUUUGAUCUAUACGUUUUAAUGUAAAUAAUCUAACGAGUAUAUGUCUGUACUGCUACAUUGAUUAUUGAUUGAUGCUGUGUUAUUGGAAUGAUUUGCACUAUUGAUCAUCCUAGAGUGACAGUUACAAAGUGGCUGCCACUUGUGACUUAUGAUUAAUUUCAAUACCAUUUAACAAAGUCAUUGUCCCUGCAGUGACAUAUAUUGAUUCCUCACAUUAGUUUUCUUGUGCUUUUUAGCUUUUUAUAACCAUACAUUUUAACCCUUACUGCUUACGUUUAUUCACUAAAGCAUGAAUCGUUAGGAGUUUAAAGUGAAUUCCAAGUAAUUUUAACAUUUUAGACCAAGUUAGCCAAACUGAAGAAUUAGCUAACAUGGAGAUUAUCUUCCAAUUUUGUGGUUUUGGCAUAAAAUCUGAAUUUCUCUUUGAAUUCACUGAAUAAUUCCCACAUUAGUGAAUAAUCCUGUAAAUGUCAUGAAUCGUAACAAAUGACACCUGUAGUCACUUGCGUACUAACUGCGUACCUACCUCUGCCUGCAGGUUAUUGGUUGGAGCACCUCGGACCAAAGCCUUUCCAUCCCAGAAAGCCAACGUAUCGGGUGGUCUAUUCUCUUGUGACAUCACCUCAACCACGCCUUGCACACGGGUCAUAUUCGAUGACUCAGGUAUGUUGUAUUAGUGGGUGUCCAAUCUAAAACUCAGCGUGGCUUAUUUACUAAACCAGGGAAAGACAAGUUUUUGGACAAAAUAGUCAAAGUGGAAAAAUUAUUUUUCCAUCUAUUUCAGCCUAAAAUGUGUAGAUCCUCCUCAGUUCCUGGCUUUGUGACACUCAGCCAGAGGGAUAAGCAUGAAACUCAGAAUCGUAGUGAAUUGAAACCCAAAUGACAACAUUUAGGCUGGAAUAGUUUGAUCAAAUCAACCGUGUUUAGCUAGACUUUGCCAUUUGGAUUUUAAUUCACUGCAGUUCUGCUGACUUGCAUUAAACUUCUGUAUAAAAUAUAGAAAUAUGAAGAUAUCAAUAUUUGGUAAACACGUUAAAGCGGCACGCCAGGCGUCCAUACAAGUUGGGUAUGAUGUGAAGGUUAGGUUACUGAUAGUUAUACCAGCCUUUGCAUUUAGAUUUUCAUUUUAAAUAAUUUGUUUUUUCUUUCUGUCUUCCUUUCAACCUGCAGUUUUUCUCUAUUACUGCAGUUAUUCAGCUAUAUGUGAUGUUAACACUGAGUAAAUGGAAGCUGUACUAAGUUCAGCUAUUGGCUUUCUCUAGCAGAACACUGAUAUUGAAAGACCAUUCAAGACCAGAAACCCCCUCUGUGCUAAUUAACAUUACAUAUGAGUGAGAUCUGUUGUGCCAUAGUCAAAAGGCCACGUUAAGAUUCAUAACCAGUACAGCCCGCAUUAGUGGUUAUGGUGCCAGCAUGCCGCUGGUGGUGUAUCCCAGUUCUGUGUCAAACUCUUAUCAAGCUGUUUGAUACAAAUUGUUGGUUCUUGGAAGCUUGUGGUCCGUCCUCCUUAUUCAACAUAUUGCUAAUGCGGAAAUUGCACAUAAAUUAACAAUGCCAAUACCGUCCAUAUUUUGAAAACAUGUAUUGGAUGGCUGCUUGAUAUUAAUGAAAUCCAAAGUUUGACAAAAUAAAUAUUGCUAUUGAGAAAGUGCAACAUCUGCGAUAGUAAAAUGCUGAGUGGGGGACCAGGCUGCGGACACUUAGGGGACCCUCAAUUUAUGUGAAACCAGUAAUCAUUGAUAGCAGCUCAAAGAUAGAAUCCAGGUGGGAAGCUGCGACCCCUGGAUGCCUGUAUCUCAGUCCCUAGCUGUGUUUAUCUGACACCCACUCACACACGAGAAAUAGGGUACCUAUUGGCAGUCCUAGUCAUAUAAUGAUAAACUUACUAGAUGGGAAUUGACUGACGUCAGUAUGGUACAUAAUCCCCCACACUGGGGGGCUGUCUGUGAAUGCAAAGUCUCUCUUUAUUUUACAGCUCUGUAGUAUAAUAAAGUAAAUGUCUUUAUGUUUCCAGUUGACCUUUCUACGGAAAGUAAAGAGAACCAAUGGAUGGGUGUCAGUGUGCAAAGCCAGGGACCAGGAGGUAAAGUCGUGGUGAGUGUUUUUCAUUCAUAUUUUAUAUUCUACUUAGCCUUAGAUUAUGAAAUUUGGACAAGUUUAUUGAUUUUACGUAUGUUUUGUAUUUUGGGGGAGGUGGACAGGCAAUGUACCAGAAGCAUAUAGAUUCAGUUGGCUGGACAUGGGUAUUUGCAAAAAAGUAAAAUAAAAUGUCCCUAGUGACAGAUCUGCUCGAAUAACACAAAAUAUCCUGGUUUUGAUACAUCUCCUGUAACCAACUGUAACUUUUAACUAAAGCGAUAAUUAGAACAUUCUGAAUGGUCUUAAUAAUCAAAUAUUCUCGCAACAGACGUGUGCCCAUCGAUAUGAAAGAAGGAUAACUUUCGCAAACUCGAACCAGGAGACUCGAGACAUCAUAGGGAGAUGUUACGUACUCAGCCAAGACCUCACCAUUUCUGAUGACAUGGAUGGAGGGGAGUGGAAUUUUUGUGAUGGACGACUGAGGGGACACGAGAAAUUUGGAUCUUGCCAACAAGGUGUUGCUGCAACGUUUACCAAAGACUAUCAUUACGUUGUUUUUGGCGCUCCGGGGGCAUAUAAUUGGAAAGGUAUGACUUCCUACGGUUUUAAAGAGAAACACUGUUACCUGACACGCAGGAUUUCAGUAUAUUCUGUUACCCUGUACAAUAUACAUGUAUGUAGGGGCCACGGCCGUCCGGUGAUGUAGACACAAAAGUCAGAAGAAAUACUGUGAGGGUUUAUUUACUAAACAGUGAGUGGUUUUGACUUGACUUGCAAAAUUCAGGCCAAAAUAGAAUUGUUGUUUUUUUAAAUCGAGAUUUUGGCCAACCGUGUUUCCCUUCCUGCUAGUUUUGCUUAUAUUUUGCACACUGUUUAGUGAAUAAAUACUCACUAAGUGGGAAUUGCUGAAAAUUCUAAGUGAAUUUUAAUAUCUAGUUCAAAUUAGCUGACCUGGAAAUAUUUUUCAAGUCCGCAAUGCUUUCACUUUGGCUCGUUUGGUCUUAAAUUUGAAAUUCCCUUUACAUUUUUGCCCAUCAUUAACUUCCUUGUUCGUGCUAUGUCCAAUGAAAUGCCUCUCAUAAAGAAGCAUAAUGGGUACAUAUUGAAACUGUAAAAAAAAAAAAAAAGUGACAGUAUUAGUAAAAAAAAUAUAUAUAUAUAACAUUAUUAAUUAAUGAAAUGCUGGAUAUUUUACAUAUUAGAUGAGUAAAAUAAAAUGCACGCAAGUUCCUAAAAUGUCUACUCAUAUAAUGCAAACAAGUCUGCACGUUUCAGUGAAUUAUUUCUUCCUGUGAAUGUUUGAUUUUUUUCUUUCUUUAUCUAACUUUAUCUAAUCUCACACAGGGCGCUGCUUUGCACUACCAAGACAAUUAAUAGAACAGGAGAUAUGAACUUCUAAAGUAAACACACUCUCCCAAGUGAAACCCAUGCUUUUCUCUAUUAAAUUAAGUGAAUUUCAAAUUCAAGGCCAAAGUAGCCAAGCUGUAAAGCAUAGCUGACUUCAAGUUUGGCUAUUUUGGACUCAGAGUGGAAAUUCUCUUUCAAUUCUCACUUUAGUGAAUAACACAGAGAAUUCAAGUUGAAAUCAAAGUGAAGUUCACUUUUUAAUUUUUAAUUAUUAUUAUUAUUUAAUUUUUUUCCAGUUUGACUAUUGUUGAAAAUUCUCACUUUAGUAAAUUUUCAGGGUAAAUUUAACAAUUUUGACCAAAACAGCCCAAUUGAAAAUAUAAUAUAAAUUUGAAAUUCAAGGGGCUACAGAACAUGGGUUUUGCCAUUCCUUUACCAUGGGAUCACACAUUUUGCCACUCCAUUAAGUUCAAAUAUCAUAAAUCACAUUACUUUCUCUAGAAGCAGCAAAAACAUUUCAUGUGUUCCAUUAAUUGUUUUAACCAUUAUUAUUAUUAUUAUUAUUAUUAUUUUAUUUUGUUAAAUUGUUCUCCAUCUUAUUAUUUUCUCCUCCAUUAUUUCAUUCCUCCAGGAACUGUUCGUGCAGAACAUAAAAAUCAAACAUUUGAUGAUCUGUUAUUUUUAGAAGAUGGUCCAUAUGAAACCGGUGGUGAAACUAAACACCUUGCCGAAUUAGUUCCUGUUCCAUCAAACAGUUAUUUAGGUAAUCAUGGGGUCUCCCUGCCAUUUCUGCAGCUAUUGCGAAUUUAGAAUAUUGUCCAUCCAUUCGGCUCAUAUGGUGUUAUUGUUUGUUCGAAUGUAAAAUGCUUGAUGCCAAUACAAACACGAUUGCCUUGUUUAUUGUGUACCAGAGAGGUUAGGAAUACAAAAAAGCUUCGGAACAGUGGCUUCUAUAGGUUGGUAUAGUACUCCAAGCAACACGUUGUUGAUCAGCGAGUUCAUCUAGGUCAGGGCUAGACAACCUUCGGCACUCCAGAUGUUCUGGACUACAUCUCAUUUAAUGCCUUACAGCAGUGUUAAUUUUGGUGGCAAAUUUCAAUUUAGUUUUAGUCAUAGUCUUUUGACUAAAAAGCCAUUUUCGUUUUAGUCCUAUUUUAGUCAUCUGAAGUGUUUUAGUUUUAGCCUAGUUUUAUGUAACUAAAUCCCCAGUAGAUUUUAGUCGACCCGACUAAAAAUGGCUUUAGUUAAAGCCUCUACCUGACUCUUUUACCACUUCCCAAGCACCCCUUUGUAUCCUCCCAGCCCCUCUAGGUGUCUCUCUCCCAAGCUCUUUCCACAGCCCCUCAGUGCAGUGUUAAUUUUGGCGGCAAAUUUUUAUUUAGUUUUAGUCAUAGUGGUUUGACUAAAAAGCCAUUUUAGUUUUAGUCGUAUUUUAGUCAUCUGAAUUGAUUUCGUUUUAGUCUUGUUUUAGUCGACUAAAAUUUGACUAAAAUUGUUAGUAAAUAAAAUGAACACUUCUUUACAGAUGUAAUGAUGGGGUGCCAAAGGCUGCCUACCCCUGAUCUUGGUGAUUACUGGUUGUAAAUCCUGGUUAGGAUUAUAAAUAAAUGUUGGGAAUUUUGCAAAAACUAACACAGAAUUUUAAAUUUUUUGGCUAAAAAUACCUUGCCUGUCAAUAUAGUUGAGGUGGACAAAUUUUUAAAUUUGGCCUAACAUUUGCAAUUCUCUUGUUGAAUCAUCGCAAUUCUUUGUUUUGAGGGAAAAAAUUAAUUAAAUGGAUUAAAAACACGAGUUUGUGUUUUUAACACUGAUAUUUGUUAAUUACACGAUUAUAUAUAAAAAAUUUGUCAUUUUUUUAUAAUGCAUUGCAUACUAUUUUUUCUUUUGGGGUUACUACCAGGCCCUGAUUUACAGUAAGGGCAUAAAAGUGGCUGGUUUAUGGAUUUAGCAGAAAAGCAUAAUAAACAAUGUAUCAUCUGUAGAGAAUAAAAUGUAUAUUGUACUAAACAUUAAAUUGGAUUUUCAGUCAGGUAAAAAAUUUGACCAAUAUAAAUCUUGCCCUGGACUAUAGAAAUAUUUUGAAUAUACUUAAAAAAAAUAUGUUUAAAUAUAUAAAGUUGUAAUUUCUCUCUGUCCACCCUGUUUAUGUUUAUGUAUACACCUGUAGGUCUUCUCUUUAUGACAACUGUAUCCAGUACAGACCCUGACCAAUUUUUGUACAAAUCUGAGCCAACUAGAACAAAUGUGCAUAAAUCUGCCGAUGUGAAGGCUAAUAGCUACUUAGGUUGGUCGGUUUGUUUCCCAGGAGCAUGAUCUUGUUUGGUGACAUCAUUGUAUUGCUCAGAUGACAUCAUCAUCACCCAGUUGACAUAUAUAUGCCAGAGAACGAACAGCUCAUUGCAUCACAUUCUCUAUGGAACGUAUAUGUUUUGACCUUGUCCUCCGUUUUCCACUGCGCGCAUGUAUCAUAAUUCAUAUGAAAGAGUUGACUGUUUUGAUACAUUGCAUUAAGUAAUGAACUUGUGUGUGUAUUCGACAUUCAAUAUGUUUUGGGAGCAAAGCUAUAUCAGGUUUUCAUAUACCGUCAGGUUAUAGCAUAAAAAGGUGUAUAUUAUGGACAACCAUGUCUGUAGCUCUAACCUAGUCAUCUCCUUUUUAACCUCUUAAUGGUUUCUCCAGCCCACUGUAUUGUUUAUGAUGCAAGGAGUAUCCUGGGGCUGCUUUCCUGGUAAUGGGGUGAAACGUUUAGCAACUGUUUACUCUCUUACCUAGGUCCCUGCCGGGGUCCGAGGCUCCUCUCCUGCCAAGUGACGUGCUUCUCGUCUCUGCAGAGCUGGUUAACCUUCACUAGCAUUACAUUACUGAUAGAAGCCACACAAUUACAAACACGUAUUCUCUGAAUUCUCUCUAAAAAAACAUGCUAGAACAUUUUUUUUGACUACAGUAAAAAUAAAAAAAAGUAGUGACUACAGGAAAAUAUUUCCUAAUCAAUUAUUGUUUGCCUAAAUUUUGUAAUGAGGGUUUUAUUUCAGUAUAAUUUAGUGCUUAAUAAAGAAAAGUCCAAAUAACAAUCAGAGCUAUUCGGUAAAGGGAAUUGUCAGGAAAUCAAAGUAAAUUUAAAUCUGGUAAAGUUAAUCCAUAAUUUAGUGUUCGAGGCAUGUGUGCAUGUUAAAUAUGGGAAAUGUCAGUCAUGUGAAAAAUGGGAGCUAGAUUUUUUUCAACACUGCACCUAGAGCAUCUUGCAUCAGAUCACAGAGGGAUCUAUAUGCAAAUUGGGCUUGUAGUUAAUUUGCAUUCAAGGUCAGAAUGGGAAAUGAUACAGAAAAAAAAGAAUGUAUCAAACAUAGAAUAGUAUGUUAUUCCCCAUGUGAUAAAUUCAACAGUAGUUUUACUCAAUGUUCAGUCAGACAGGUUUGUGCUAUGUAAUUCUUCCACAAGCACUGGGUGAUAUAUUUUUCUUGCUAACAGUUAUCUUUGUGAUUUCGUGCCAAAUCCCUCAUUAUUUUCCUUCCAAAAUUGCCAUUUCAUGACUUGUCUUACUAACCAUUUGUAUUGCUGAUGAAUGGGAAGUACUCUGAAAGGGUUAUAUUGCUCUGCUUGUUUUCACUGUUAUCAUGCUGGGUUGAUCAAUUGCUGUGUCUGGUGCUUUUUAGGAUUCUCCCUGGAUACUGGUAAAGGGAUAAUCUCAAAAGAUGAAUUAACCUUUGUUUCCGGAGCCCCAAGAGCCAAUCACAGUGGGGCUGUUGUACUCUUGAAGAAAGACGCUCCCCAUGAAAGAAUGCUUUCCGCAGAAUAUGUUUUUGAAGGCGAAGGGCUGGCCUCUUCCUUUGGCUACGAUGUAGCAGUGGUGGAUCUAAACAGUGAUGGGUAAGUCUUGCUAUGUGCAUCGUUAUAUUAAAUUAAAAAAAAAAAAUUUAAUGAAGGCAAGCUAUAGUUAACACGAUCCCCUAUUUUAAAUGCAUUAUAUGGAUAAAACAUAAAAUGUACAAAAAAAAUUAAAAACACUAAAGAGGACACUGAACUAACUAGGAAGAGGCUCCACCCACCAGGAACCACAUUUUAUGAUCUAUUGAGUCUGACCUUGUGCUGGACAGUGAUUUAUGGGAGAGGUAAUUUAUCUCUUAGGAGCAGUUCCACUCAUCACAGCAUGAGUAAAAUUGCUCCACAAACUGUGAGCUUUCAAAGCAUAAACAGCCCUACCACGGAUGCCUUGAAUGCACACAGCACGGUGCACAGCUGCAGAUGUCCCUCUUGUGUGUGUAUUGUAAUAAAAGCAGAGCUUUAUUAAUUAAGCAGGAAUUGUGGAAAAUUGACAUAGAAAUCAAUAUGUUUAGGAAAAUAACUGUGAAUUUUUUUUAAUUUUGGCUAUUUUUUCAUAAAUUUAGAUUUUCUGGUUUUAAUGAACUAUAAUUUAUUCUUUAGUAAAAAAACAAUUCACAAAUGUAAUUUAUUGGGUUUUGUGUGUGUGUGCGUGUAUGCGUGUGUGCGUGUGCAUGUGUAUGUAUAUAUAAUACAGGGAGUGCAGAAUUAUUAGGCAAAUUAGUAUUUUGACCACAUCAUCCUCUUUAUGCAUGUUGUCUUACUCCAAGCUGUAUAGGCUCGAAAGCCUACUACCAAUUAAGCAUAUUAGGUGAUGUGCAUCUCUGUAAUGAGAAGGGGUGUGGUCUAAUGACAUCAACACCCUAUAUCAGGUGUGCAUAAUUAUUAGACAACUUCCUUUCCUUUGGCAAAAUGGGUCAAAAGAAGGACUUGACAGGCUCAGAAAAGUCAAAAAUAGUGAGAUAUCUUGCAGAGGGAUGCAGCACUCUUAAAAUUGCAAAGCUUCUGAAGCGUGAUCAUCGAACAAUCAAGCGUUUCAUUCAAAAUAGUCAACAGGGUCGCAAGAAGCGUGUGGAAAAACCAAGGCGCAAAAUAACUGCCCAUGAACUGAGAAAAGUCAAGCGUGCAGCUGCCACGAUGCCACUUGCCACCAGUUUGGCCAUAUUUCAGAGCUGCAACAUCACUGGAGUGCCCAAAAGCACAAGGUGUGCAAUACUCAGAGACAUGGCCAAGGUAAGAAAGGCUGAAAGACGACCACCACUGAACAAGACACACAAGCUGAAACGUCAAGACUGGGCCAAGAAAUAUCUCAAGACUGAUUUUUCUAAGGUUUUAUGGACUGAUGAAAUGAGAGUGAGUCUUGAUGGGCCAGAUGGAUGGGCCCGUGGCUGGAUUGGUAAAGGGCAGAGAGCUCCAGUCCGACUCAGACGCCAGCAAGGUGGAGGUGGAGUACUGGUUUGGGCUGGUAUCAUCAAAGAUGAGCUUGUGGGGCCUUUUCGGGUUGAGGAUGGAGUCAAGCUCAACUCCCAGUCCUACUGCCAGUUCCUGGAAGACACCUUCUUCAAGCAGUGGUACAGGAAGAAGUCUGCAUCCUUCAAGAAAAACAUGAUUUUCAUGCAGGACAAUGCUCCAUCACACGCGUCCAAGUACUCCACAGCGUGGCUGGCAAGAAAGGGUAUAAAAGAAGAAAAUCUAAUGACAUGGCCUCCUUGUUCACCUGAUCUGAACCCCAUUGAGAACCUGUGGUCCAUCAUCAAAUGUGAGAUUUACAAGGAGGGAAAACAGUACACCUCUCUGAACAGUGUCUGGGAGGCUGUGGUUGCUGCUGCACGCAAUGUUGAUGGUGAACAGAUCAAAACACUGACAGAAUCCAUGGAUGGCAGGCUUUUGAGUGUCCUUGCAAAGAAAGGUGGCUAUAUUGGUCACUGAUUUGUUUUUGUUUUGUUUUUGAAUGUCAGAAAUGUAUAUUUGUGAAUGUUGAGAUGUUAUAUUGGUUUCACUGGUAAUAAUAAAUAAUUGAAAUGGGUAUAUAUUUGUUUUUUGUUAAGUUGCCUAAUAAUUAUGCACAGUAAUAGUCACCUGCACACACAGAUAUCCCCCUAACAUAGCUAAAACUAAAAACAAACUAAAAACUACUUCCAAAAAUAUUCAGCUUUGAUAUUAAUGAGUUUUUUGGGUUCAUUGAGAACAUGGUUGUUGUUCAAUAAUAAAAUUAAUCCUCAAAAAUACAACUUGCCUAAUAAUUCUGCACUCCCUGUAGUUUGCAAUCUUGAUAAAAGGUUCUGUCCCCCCACAUUUUGUGUCGGCUUGCAAUUCACACUUUGUAAAAUAUAUCCAUCCAUAGAAAAUGAGUUUGACUCAAAGUUUGUGCUUUAAAAUGUCUGAGCCUGUUUUAUUUUGUUUAUAUUCUUGUCUCAGUCUGUUUGAUGCUGUAAAUUAUUGUUGAAUGUAUCUAAAACUCUAGCUGGAUGGGAGGAUGUUUUAUACCAAAGGGAUAUCCUUGCAUGGAGUCCCUUGAAUUGUUUUCUAUUUUUAAUGUGGGUAAAUAAAAGCAGUUAUUGUACCACUGGGAGUCUGCACGCUGCAUUUCCUAAAGCAAAUGUGCUACCAACUGACAUAAACAGCAGAUAAGGACUUGGCAGGAAAGCACAAAAGGUCUGUCAGUUAGUUAGUUGGCUAGUUGAAGAUCUGCUCACAUUAUGAUAAUGUUAAGGUCUGGAUCUUACAUCCUUCCUAUGAGUCAGCCUUUCAUUCCUCAGCUGUUUAUGGAGCGAAUGAGCUGUAAAAUUCAUAAAAUGUACUAUAUAGUUAUAGCAUCCUACAUGGGAAGCCAAAGUCAAUCAGAUCUUUGUAAAGUAAAAAUACACUUGGCGUCAGCGUUCCCAUGGUGUGUCAGCCUACCAUUGCCACCCACGUUUGGAUGGGAUAUUGAAAAACUACCUUAAUAACCAAUCAUAAGGAAAGGGAUGUUGUGGGCACAGGGAGAACCCAUUUAUAUUUAAUGCCAAAAAAAUACUUUGAGUAAAGUCAAGGGUGAUGGCGCACACAAGCUCUAGAAUGAUAUGUAGUGGUUAUGAUACUUAGAGUGACUCUUUAAGAAUGUUUAUUGUUAAGAAUGUUAAACGAUAUAUGGAUAAAUACUAUACUAAGAAAGCUUCAGUUACUUUAACCGUAACCAAACAGGAGCUAGUUAUUACGUAACUAUUCUUAAUGCGGUAAUGGUCAACAGAAGGUUCUAAUGGCCUACAAUCCUAUGAUGCCUUUUGGAAUGUAAAAUCCUAGAGCUAUGAGGUCAUCAGCUGUAAACACUCACUGGCUCUUGGAUACUUCUACCAAACACAGGGACCUCACAGUAUCUCCAUCUUUAAUUCAAUUAUUGAAUAUUUACCUACAUGGUUGGCUGAAAUUAUAUAUAAAAAAUUGUUUUUAUGUGUUUCCUUUCUUUAGGUGGCAGGAUAUUGUUGUUGGUGCUCCUCAGUACUUUGAUAAGAAUGACAAAGAUAUUGGAGGUGCUAUUUAUGUAUACAUUAAUCAAAACGGAAAGUGGAAUGAUGUCAAGCCAAUUCGUAUUGAAGGAACCAAGGAUUCCAUGUUUGGAAUUUCCGUAAAGAACAUUGGAGAUAUAAAUCAAGAUGGAUACCCUGGUAGGAAUAUAUAAUAGAGUGGAACAUUUUGAUAGGUUUAUUGAUUGUGAAGUUGGUGGUUGUUAUUUUGUUGAUAUUUGCUGGUUAAAAAUGUCCACUCACAACUAGCCAUUGGAGAGUGAAAAUGUAGCACUGGCAAGUAGAAAUUCACCUCUGGUGGUUAUAAUAUGCCUUGCAGCAGCAAGUAACUUUUAAGGUCUAGGUAGCAGCAUAAGACUUUGGAUUGUAAUCUGUGAUGAUAAUCUAGGAACUGGCAAAAGCUCAGAAAACUCAAUAGCUGGUAAAUUCAGGUUUUACAUUUUUUCUGCUCAAUUGUGCCUAUUCCAUUUGAAUAUCAGGCCAAUCCCACCUAUAAAGGUGGUCCAUAUCCCAUAUGCUGGCAUGUUCCCUCUGCACAAAAAAUAUUAUUGUUUUGGCCUUCUUUGAGCCUUGUCAGCAAGGUGUGGCUGAUACCCCUCUAGGAUCCUUGAGCAUAGGGUCGAUAUCUAGGUUACCCUUUUUAGGCGGCACUGUCACCCUCCCCAUUCUGCAAGAUGGGUAGUCAAAAAAUAUAUUGAGACAAGUUAGGGACUACAAGAGUACAGCAGUAAUGUCAGCUCCAGGCGCUGAUGUACCAGGAGCAUGAGAGGAAAUGGACAAAUUGGAAGACAAUGGUGGCACCUGUGAGGGACAGGUUUACAAAGUAGAACCACCAUUGGAACCAGCGGCCAUGUCACUGUCAGGGGUCUCCAAACUUUCCAGACAAGGACCGUUCCGCUUUACAGAGAAUGUGAAUACUGUGUUAACUGCAAACGCUCAGACAUUUUCCAAAAUUUCUCUCCUGCUAUUGCUUAUUUGUUCUCAUAAAAUUCUGUUAAUUGUAGACCAUUGUUGGACCACUCCUUGCUAGACCAAUCACAGAGUUCUCUUUUAGAAAUGCCCAAUGUAAAAGGCACACAUAGAAACAUGUGUAUGUUUAUUAGCGGUGUAAGAGAUUAUACCACACACUGGACUCAAAAGUCCUGAGACUUGGGAUAUUCUACACUUGGAAAAUUCCUGUAGAAUUACAGAUUAAUAACUCUUCCCCUUAAUACUUUAACUGAUAAAUAUAGAUAGGUUAUGUUUUAAAGAGAGCUUCUCUGCUUGCACAUUUAAAGGGUUAAAAGAAAACUAUCACUUGUCUGGAAAUUAAAACCAUUAAAAAGAACACUGAAAAUAGUUUAAAACUUGUGUUAACCUUUUUAUCGACACAAAGCUCAGUUAAAAAAAUAAAUAAAAAAAAAGCACAUUAAUGUUGUAGCAAUUAUGGCUCAAAUGGAGAAACAUCUCCUCUCUCUAUGAUCUCUUUAAGGAAUAAGUAAACAUAUUCUUAAAACCAUUGGAAGCGAUAGUUCUGCCUAAACUUUAGCUCUUGUGCCUAGAUAUUGCUGUUGGAGCACCCUAUGAUGAUGGCUUCGGAAAAGUCUAUGUGUUCCAAGGGUCAAAGGAUGGAAUAAACAGAAAGCCGUCGCAGGUAAGUGCUUGGUUCCAUCUGUGACAUUAAUUGCAGCUUCUCAUUCCCUAGCACUUCUUAUUACCUUAUAUUUCCCUGCUAGUUUUCAUAAUAUAUAUAGUGGUUCACUGGCUUUGCACCUCUUCCCGAGUUGUGUUUCAAAGCUGUUGUACACAGCAAAUACAACCUCCAAGGAAUCCAUGUUAAAAAUGGAAUGAGGCAAAAAUUUUAUUCUUUGUUGAACUAAUUUGCAUAUGCCCACCCAGAAUGCUUUGUAGUAGCAACAUCACUGCAAAUGUGUGAUUUCUGUGGGAACAGCAAGUCUUAUGGCUUGACUGGUGUGCAGAUCUUUGUUUAACAAUUUACUGACUAUCCACUGACCUCAGGUGGAAGGGGUUUUCAAUCACAAUUUUUCCCCACAAUAACUUUCUGUGUAUAUAUUAAUAUAUAUCAAUCUAAUAAGCUGUAUGCAUUUUCAUCAUAUUAUAAUCAGUUAUUUACUGUAACAUUAAUCCACACUUGUUUCUUUUUUAUAAAGAUUAUUGAUGGUAAAAGCACAAAGACUAUGUCGUUUGGUUACUCCAUUGCUGGAAAUAUGGAUCUGGAUAAAAAUACUUACCCAGAUAUUGCCAUUGGAUCCCUAUCAGAUUCUAUAAAUGUAUUCAGGUAAAAGGAAACAUCCCUACAAAGUCUAAUGUGUCGGAAUGCACAUUGCUGCGUGAGAGUUUUUACAUCUGUUUCUAUGCUCUGUGCAGGUCACGUCCGGUUAUCAACAUCAAGAAGACAAUCACAGUCACUCCAGAUAAAAUAGACUAUAGCAAGAAGAAUUGUAACAAUUUCAAUGCAAUCUGGUAGGAAAUGCUUUUUUUUUUUUGCCCUUUUUUUUUCCAUGAAUGGAAUACUUUGUCUCAAAAAUGUUCCUGUGAUUGUAUUCUGAAAACAUUAGGAUGUGUCAGUUGCUUUAAUGCUUGUUUAAAAGGGGUUUUAAUUAUUUGUACCGGAUAACGCCAUACAGUAUAUGUUAAUUAAAACCUCUGAUCCCUUAUUAAAAUCAGAAUGUUUGUCCUGUGGUUAUUAUUAUUAUGGAAUGCCAAAAGACUGCAGUGCAUUACUAAUACGUUUUCGGAAGUUUAGUGGCACCAGCCUUAAAAGGACUUGCCAUGCAACAUAGCCGAUACAAGUCAUUGUAGUUGUUAUGGUGCCAGGAGGCAUGCCUGUUUCUCCAUAAUUUUUACAUGUUCUCAGGCAUUUAAAAAAAUAGCACAGGAUACAUCUGCACCCAAAGCCCAUCCCGUCAGUUUGCAAUGUCAUAAUGAGGAAAUUUCAUAUCCUCAGCCAUCCAAGUGUUCGUACAAUGAGAUCAAGCCAUUAUUUACAUCCUUCAGACCCUCAGACCAAAUUGGCACAUGAAGCCAAUUAAUUGUGCAUUGGGUCCAGGGGAGGGCAUACAGUAUAUCCCCCGGUGUUGCAGUAUUUCACGUGCCAUAAUGAUUCGCCAGUCUUACAUGGCCAAUCAAAGCACCAUAACAACAUUGGAUGCUGCAGACAGAGUAUAAGGUGCAGGUAGUACCAUGUCCCCAGUCUCAGCUCUGGGUGUCUUCUAACUGCAGGGAUUUGUAAAUCAGAGCAAUCAAACUGCUACCAACAACUUGGACUGAGCUUUGUAUCUUUCCCAGGCUGAGCACCAAGUCACAGACUGUGCUUUACCAGUAGCUCCACACAGCCCGGUUGACUAAGCAGUGAAAAUUAAUAGCAGCCGUGGCAUGUCUGCCUUCAGGUUACAGAGUGGUUCCACUUAUCCUAUAUGAUGUGGGACAAGAGCAGACCCCUUAGACCAGAAUGAAAGUCUCUUGAGUAUUGAGAGUUGAGAAGUAUUAAGACAGGAAGCUGCCUGAAGCUAUAAACACCAAUCUAUUGCCCCAAUCAAAUCAAAGCAUUUGCCCCAAUGCUCAGGCAGGCUAAGGAUUAUGGGAAAUACAGUUCACUACCCUCUGUAGUUCCACGUUUAGCCAUGACUGUAUACAAAGUAUAGCAUUAUUGCAUUAGUUAAUUAGUUAAUGUAGUUAACUGUAUGAUUACCGAGUUUUCAGAUUUUAACACCCAAUUAUUUACCAAAUUGGUUUUGCUUUUCAGUUUAGAUGUUGAAGCUUGUUUUGAAUACACAGCAAAACCCGAUGGUUACAGUCCAGUUUUAAGUAAGUAAUUUUUUUAAUAUCUGAAAUUACUGUUUGAUGACGUGUGUUUUAAUAACUGCUAUAGUCAAAAUAAAAAUGUCACAAAGUGGCCAGGCAUUACCCAUAAUUUUAUUAGAAAUGUGGUAUAUCAGUCUAUGACAUGCAGUUAGGGUCCAUAGAAUUUGUGAGAUAAAAUGCAUUUUGAUUUGUGUGAUAAAUUAACGUUGAAAUAAAUGUAAUAUCAGCUGUAUUAAAGAGCAAACUGUAACUUAAUACAGGUAUCCUCUUUAUACCUUCAGUUCUGGAGGAGAAUGAUUGCAAUGUUUAUGUGUAGAAUGGUCAAGUAACAGUUUUCUUCCCUUUUUAGCACUUAACUACACGUUUGAGGUUGAACGCGAAAGGCAAGAGUUAAAAUUACCUUCAAGAGUUAAUUUUAAAGAUCAACAAUUUAUAAAUACGUUGACAAAUACAAUUGACCUCACGGGCCAAAAUCAAAAGAAGUGUGUAAAAACAUCUCUGGUGUUGCAGGUAAGUAGAGAAAAACCCAAUUGAAUUAUUUUAUUUAACUGUAUUUGGAAUGCUUUUACUAGAAAAAAAAAUAUUAUUAAAUUAAAGGAAUUAAAAGAUAAAAACAAAAAUAGAGCAAAAAUAAUAGAUUGAUAUACAGAGAUUCUUUAAAGAAAGUGAGAAUGAUAGAUUAUUAGUAUGCCAGAUAAAACAGAGGAUAUAUUGUAAUGUAGUUUACACUAGUAGCCUAUUUAUUCAGUUACACUCAAAAAGUUAGAAACAGCGAAUUACCAAUAGCUCCCAUAGGCCACCGCACCAGCCAUUGGGAGCCGUAUUUAGUGAUGUUGGUGGAAUCAGUCUGAUAUACAACUGGUAAAGGUUCUAAUGUGACGGGACAAGUGAGCUAAAAUGUGUUUGAGAUCUUAACGGGGAUCUACCAAAAGGGAAAACUGAUUGAGUAUUUGUCUCUCUUCAUAUACUAAGCUUUGAUCUCAUUGUAUGUAAAUAAACAAGAAAACAAACCUACUUCUAGAAAAAUAAAAAAUAAAUCUGGACUUUUCUACAUUUGGCACAUUUAUUUCACGAUAAGAACUUUCUAUACAUUGUGUUUCUAUGAUAUGUUGUUCCUUAUGUCGUAUAAUUUUUUUUUUAAGGAACCCAUUAGGGAUAAAUUGCGGCAGAUACCGGUGUCUAUUACAGCAGAUAUAAAACGUGCUCGUUCUUCUGGCUCACAAAGGAGUGCCCUCCCUGAGCUGCUUCCAAUUCUGAAUAUAAAUGAACCAAAAACCACUACUGCAAAUGUAAGUGUUCCCCCAAAGCAAUGAUUAUAUGUUUGUAUUGAUUUUACAGAUUAUUAUUUUUAUUUUAUUUUUUACAAACACCAAUUUAUCAAUCAGAAGAUAUUGCCAACUGUCCGUUAAUGAUUGUUUAUUGGAUACAUUUCUCAACCGUAGCUUCUUCAGACAGUGCAUGCUAAGCUUCCCAAUUAGAACCAUUCUAUUCUCAAAUAACAACUGUAGCUACAAAUCUUUGCACCAAUUAACCCCUUAAGGACACAUGACGGAAACAUUCCGUCAUGAUUCCCUUUUAUUUCUGAAGUUGUGUCCUUAAAGGGUUAAAUAAGGAAACAAGAUAGCGGAUCCCAUCUAAACACUUGGGAGCAGGGGAGAAGGUUUAGAUAGUUUGUAGAAUGUCUUCCCCAAAGAGACAGAGAGUGACCACUGAAAGAAAAUGUCAUAUUUGCUGUCUUGAGGGGGUUGGAUAAAUAUAUAUUUACACCCCUGAUGGUGACAAUGAGUUUAAUGGAUCUCAAUAUAUUGAUUAAGGUUGCCAAUCAUGUAAAAUAUGAAAAUAGAGCAAUGUUUGAGUGACAUAAUGGUGGUGAUUCAUUAUGUGUUAUUACAGACUGCCAUAGGAGAGCCCUUUAUGAUGGUGCCUUUAUAGCUACAAUUAGGAGCUAGUUAGGUUUAAAUGGUUGUAUAGUAAAACAGAAAUAAAUACUACACCAGUCUGGGGGUACAAGUGUCAGGAUCAAUCUAAAAAAUAAAAAACAUAAAAACAUAGUGCAAACUGUGUAAACAUAUGUUAAACCCCCAUAUAGGAUGGAACUCGCAGGAUGCAGAGCCGUCCCAGGCUCUAUAGAUUAAGCAGGAGGGUGCCUUUCAAAGGCUAAAGCGAUAUCUUCAAAGGAGAGCAGCACAGGAUAAAAAAAAAAGUCAAAAAUGUAUUGGUAAACAGAUAAAAAAAAAAGGAAGGGACAAUUAAGCAGUGAAAACAUGUAUAUAAUUACUUCUGCACUGCUGCCAUUUCAUGUGUGGGGGAUGUGGAGCUUUUAACAUUUUGGGGUUCCUCACGAGUCCAUGGAGGGGGUCCAUGGAACACACCUCCCCUAUUUCCACACACAAUGUACAGAUUGUUGUAUUGCUGGUACAUAACUCAAUGAUUUCUUAGGUCCAGUUUCUGAAAGAAGGGUGUGGAGAUGACAAUGUAUGUAACAGCAACAUGAAAGUUGACUACAAGUUUUGUUCCAAAGAGGGAGCAGACACAUUUGCUGAAUUACCAAAGUAAGUUUGAUUGCACAUUGACUUUAUGUGGAAUUUAUUUGAUAAUCUGCUUUUUUUUUAAUUUUAAUUUUACUAUUUUUCUUUUCUUUUUUUCUUUUUUACUCAGAGAAAAUGGUGUCCCAGUCUUGGUUCUCAAAAAUCAGAAGGACAUUGCUCUAGAAUUAACUGUCACCAACAAUCCAUCGGAUUCAAGAAAUCCUAAAAAGGACGGUGAUGAUGCCCACGAAGCUAAACUCAUUGCAAGUUUACCAAGCAGCUUGUCGUUCUCUUCUAUGCGCGACCUUACUAACACCCCCGUAAGUAAAUGAAAUGAUAUUAAUUUGAAUUUGGCUAUGUUUUAGUAAUGCGUUUAACACCCCCCCUUUUUUAUGUAAUUGUAGGAUAGACAGUUCAUGUGUUCAUCAAAUCCAAAUGGCUCAGAAGUCACAUGUGAGCUCGGAAAUCCUUUCAAGAGAAACACCAAUGUAAGUGACCAGUAAUAGUUAUUUAAUACAAAAAUACUCAGUCUAGCCCUGUCCUGUAUAUUCUUGUGAAUAUUUGUAAGUGUUUAACAUUAAAUGGACAGCCGAGGCAGCCUAACUAGCAGAGCCUGCUGAUAUGUUCAGGACAAAGUUAUAUUUUUAAUGUUGAAAAAUAACUUUUGUACUAGCAAUAUGCUGAGCAAGGGGUUGAGACACUGGCACCUGGGGGACUGGCUCAAGGGGCACAAUGACACCAUAGCCUCCAAAGAGAGGCAAUGACAGCGUAGAUGUGACUAGGGCUACAUAAACAUAAAUGGGAUUUAACUCCUAAAUGGCCUAGACAGGUAGGCUGCAGGGCCAUGAUGUAUACACCAAAACCACUUCAUUAAGCUAAACUUGUUUUGUGCUUAAAGUGUCCCUCAAAGCUUGUUAGCAAGCUCAUACCAGCCUUUCAUCAUUCUGAGGUCAAUACACAAGUACCAUUAACUGGGGUAAUAGUAACAUCAAGAUGUACUUGGAAACUGAUGAAAUAAAGACACCAAAUAUCCUCUGACAGUAUUAUUAUUACUGUUACUGUUAUUAUUGAGUAAUGUACAUACUUGGGCAAUUAUUGUGCGUCUUGUAAUCCAUUUUGCAGCAAUGUGAGAUAUGUUGCCUAUUUAUAACAACAAUAAUAAUGAUAUGAUAGUAAUGGAUGUAACUCAUUGGAUUGAGUCUUCUUAACUCAGUUCGAGAGAUUUUAAUCAGUUUGCUUGUUCUAGACAUAUCUCUCCCUUGGAUAUUUGACAUUGUUAUUUCGCCCUUUUUCAGAUGACAUUUUACCUGAUUUUGAGUACAAAUGACGUAUCUGUUGCAACUAUAGACCUGGACGUCAAUCUCCGCCUGGAAACGUAUGUCUGAUUUUUUUUUAUUUGUUUACUUACAGUCUUGGUCAUGUUUGUACAAAGCACCCUGUCUAAAAUGGCAUGUGUGGUUAUUUUUAUUUUCAGAACAAGCUCCCAGCCCAACCUUCAGCCUCUUUUGGCCAAAGCUCGGGUAGUAGUUGAACUUCUUCUGUCUGUAUCCGGGUAAGUUGUAAUUUUACUUAUUUUUUUUUUCCAUUCAUUUCUGUCUCUCAGGCAACUAAAUUUGAAAAGGUAACUGGUUUCGGGUCCAAACCUAGGUGUUAAUGACCAUUGGUGCAUGUGAAGAUAAUUUAGUUUGACUUAUUACAUUGGUGUUAAACAAAGUAACAGUAAUUUGUAGGAACAUUUAAAUAAUUAGAUAUUUUUCUAAUGUGCUUUGUUUAACCAUAAACAUAAUAUUUAGAACUCCUAUACAUAGAUAUAAUAAUCUGAUAUUUUACCAGAACACCAUGAUUAAAAUAAUAAAUAAAUAAACAUUUACAAAAGCUGUUAAACAAGAAGUAUGUUGAAUAAGGAAAAAUAAACAUAUUUUUGGGGAAAAUGUACACAAAAUAUCAAUGAUACUUAAAGCAGUCCAAUUGCAUUUUUUCAAUUUUUUUUUUUAUAAUUUGUGAGUGCCAACAAAAACCUUUUUUUCAUAAUUUUUUUAAUCUUACUGUUAUGAUUGCUUUAAACGUAAAUUUUAAGUGACCCUGUUUGAGAAUCUUUCCUCUUCCUUUCUUUACCUGGUUUGCCUCAGUUCUAUGAUCUAAGAAUGUACCGUGUGCAAAAAGUUAUCAACAUUCUUCACAUCACUAGUAGUCAACAAAAAUAUGUUUUUAAGUGUUCAUAUAACUUAGAAUGAAACAGCUAUAGCAAACGUGUUUUUAAUUUAGAAGUGGACGUUUUCUGUUCCACACAAGAAACAUGCAGAUUUCUCCUCCUAGACAGUAUUUUCUAUGUUUUGUAAAAAAAAUUGCUGUUCUGUUCCUUUUUAGAGUUGCCAAACCUUCCCAGGUGUACUUUGGAGGGAAUGUUUUAGGAGAGAGUGCAAUGAAAUCAGAAGAAGACGUUGGAAGUCCAAUUGACUUUGAGUUCAGAGUGAGUACUUUUUACUAUUUCAUGUAUAGUUUUCUUUCAUUUCCCUUUUUAUUACACACUUAGAGCGCCCCCUUCUGUACAAAACACUACAGUGUCAUGCUUGAAAAAAGUUGAAUCAAAAAUCUCAAUCUCAAUAUCUGUGGAUGGAGUAUCCUUCAAGGUAUGCUCAGAUAGCUGAACCUGGUAAGGAGUGGACAUUUUGUUACCAACCAGGCAACCCCAGACCAUGACCUAGUCAAGCAAGUGCACUCAAACCUUUCAUUGACAUGGUAUAUUGUUUUUUUGUUUUUUUUUCUCUAAAAAAUUGUAUAUGCUUUCAUUUAUGUGUAGAUCACUAAUUUCGGAAGACCUCUUAAAGCCCUUGGCACUGCAUUUUUGGAACUUCAGUGGCCAAAGGAAAUAAAAAAUGGAAAAUGGCUGCUUUACUUGAUGAAGAUAGAUUCAAAAGGACUAGAUAAAAUUACUUGUGAACCGGAGGGUGAAAUCAAUAAACUAAGAUUGAAGGUAUGUUCAUAUUUUUUUCUAUGUUAUGAAUAGACCCGUUUCUUAUUUAAUAACUCAGGUAGAUCUGCUGUAUGCCCCACCUUGGACUUAUUUCUCAAAAACUGCAAAAUGAGAAUCGCCUUCGAGCAUCUAUAAUGCACAUCGGAAGUGGUCAACAUGGAACUCAUGGAACACACAUACACCAUGUUAAAAAUUCUGGAGAUUACCUGUGGGUUUUUUUAGUUUAAAAUUUUAUUAAAAUUGGCUCCUAGAACUAUUUGUACACUGAAAAAGACCCUAUCCUGUUCUUCUUGUCUCUUCCAAGUGAAGACAACAUUUGAAGCUCCCCUUAUCGAAGCCUCUGGUGAUAUAGUUGAAAUAUAUACAUAACUCAAAAAACCCUUAUAGGUUUCUGAAUAUUAUUGUCUUAUAGUGUGUAUGUUUUCUAAUUGAAAAUGUGAACUAAUGUUAUUUUUUGUAAUCAAUAUGUAAUCUUUAACAACCAUACUAUUUCCUUCCUCUGAUAGGAGGCAGGGAAGACUAGAAACAGACGUGAACUGGGAGAAAAAGAGACAGGGAAAGAAGAUAAACUAUAUUCUCUGUUUUCUGAAAGGAAAUACUUGACUUUGGUAAGAACUGACAAUUUGUUCAUGUUUCAGCCUUUUGCUUGGAUGGACCCAAAAGACACUGGUGGGCAUAGGGUGUCACUUGAAUAGCCCCCUCCUCCUGGUUUUGCAGGGCUACUCACUAAACACAGUGUUAAAAUUAUAUUUAAAUGGAAAAUCAGAGGCUAUAAUAACUGAUUUAGAAAAAUGAUACAUCAGAACUUUUGCCCCAGGUUGGCUAAUUCAACCUCAGUUUAGCCUUUCAGAUUUAAUUUGCUAAAAGUCUGUGCUUUAUGAAUUGCCCUGUUGAUCUCUAAUUCUAAACAUUGCAAAGUCCACAAAAAUGACAAAUGACCCAACCUUGUAAUAAAGGUGGUUGACCUCCAUGCUGCCAUUAGAUAAGGCCACUGUCUUUUUGCACAUUUGAUUUGCGUCUUUUUACCAUGAUAGUUUUUAUCAUGCUGUUUAAAUACAGUAUACAUUCUACAAAUCUACGGUGUGCUAAAUAUACAAUAUGGUAAAAAAAAAAAACACAAAAAAAAACUAAUAGUGGCACUUUUAUUCCACCACCAAUAUUUUGAUAGUGAAAGAGUGAAGGAAUAUUACCAAAAGUGUUUAUCUUCAUGUGUGCUAUUUUCAUAAAAAACAGAGCAGACUGUAUAUAUUAGAACUAAUUAGUAUGAUAUAUGUAUAAAUAAGACUGAUUGUUGUCUUUGACAGCCAUCGGAUAAACUGGCCAGUUCUAUAUAACCGUAUAUACAUGAUCUCUGACAAUGUUUUCUUUAUAUGAAUUCCAGGACUGUAAUAACCAUGCAAAAUGUGUAAAAAUUAGAUGUCCACUUCAAGGCUUGGACAGUAAUGCGGUGGUUACGGUGCGCUCAAGGUUAUGGAAUGGUACCUUUUUGGAGGUAAAUCUGCAAUAACACACAUAGUAAACUCGAUGUUUAUGUUUUAACAUAGUAUUUGCAUUGGGUUACAAUUUUUUCUAAUUUUAGUUUGGAAUUAUAAAGGCUAAAGAUAUUCAUAAAUACAGCACCAACGAGAAUAGAAAUGGGCCAAGUUUGAAAGAAGAUAUUGUUAUUUGUACCUUCAAACACUAACAUCAAAAGUUACAAACAAAAUAGUUAAAGGAAGGGAGAAACUAAGAUGAAAGAGAACAAUAUAAGACCACAAAGAGGAUAAGGAGUGGUAUGGGAAAAUCUAUCCUGAUAAUCCUUCCAAGGUGUCCAUACUGCAUAGACAAAAUUAGGGGAGGCAUGGCCCCUUUCCAUAAAUGUAUUAAUCCUCAUGUUAUCUUCUAUCAUAGACAGUACCCUGACGAUUUGGGAGUAUGACCCAUACACCAGAUUUCUGUGAUGGACCCCUCUGGCCACUAGUGAGCCAGGCUGAAGGCUUAUUUUCACGUUUAGUAUGGCUCUUCACAAAUCUGGAGAGGAGAUAAGCCUGUGGGUCCACAGGGCUGGUGGAAACGUUUAUCAUUUAGGAAUUUUCCUGAGUUAUGAAAUUUCAACACAAUUAUACUUUUGUCAGUUAGUUAUGCUGGAUUGAAGCUCAUUGUUUUUCAGUGCUAUGUCAUUGUGAUGCAUGAAUGGUCUACCAAGAUAAUGGUAGACCAUUCAUCAAUAUAACAGGCCAUUUGAAACAAAAGAAAAAAAAAACAGUAUCGUCACUGAAAGCAUUAAAUAUACAAUACAGAACAGGAUAAUAAAGCAUUGAUUAUGGAUGGGAUGAUUCCGUUUGCUGUUAAACAGACUACUAUCUCUUUACAAGAACAAGGGCACAACCAUUCUAUAGCAUUUUUUUUCCAAAUACUUUUUUUUCUCUGAAUGCAAAAUGUAUAGCUAUGUAUUAUUGUAUACAGAAAAUAAAAACAGACUGUAUUUUUUCCUCUUGGGUUAUUAGGGUACUCAAGUAACAGACCUUAUUCUGCUGCCUUUGGAGUUAGCGCUGUAUCUCCCCUUCUUUUUAUUCCUGGUGUAUUCUUGUAUUUUUCAUUUUACAUUUGUUUCAAACAGGAAUAUUCAAAGAUGAAUUACCUUGACAUUCUGGUGAAAGCUUCUAUCAAAGUGGAUACAACUUCUCAAAACGUUAAAUUGACAAACGACGAUUACCAGGUACAUAAUCCCCAAUAUGUGAUCUGCAUGCAAUGUAGUUAUAUUUAUUUUUAAAAUUUAUUUUAUUUUAACAAUGUAUAUAUUUAUUUUUCUCGUUUAGGCAUGAUAAAGACUACAUGCAGUUAUAGAUGUGGUGUUAAAAGUACAAAUAUAUUUCCCAGUAAAGGGAGCAAUGGUGAAUAAAUAACUAGAUACACAAAUCUGUAUGGUUCACGUAUAUUUCCCACCAAGUUAGAACAGGUUCCUCCAUUGAUUUUGUUGAACUCUAUGCAGGUUCUGCGAUAUUAUCCCCUAGGGAUAAGCUUGUUGCUCCCUCUGGAAUGAGAUGGAGAUAUAAUUAUUGUAAGAUUUUAUUUGGGAGCUUGCGGGAUGUUACAUUAGACUGUUCAAUGCCGCAAAUUUAUAAUAAUACGCUAAUUGUCCUAGUUUUUCUCCAACCAAUCACCAUACGCUUAUGCCUAUUUAAGCCUAUCUCUGACAUCACUUUCUUGCCCUGUCGUGGUUCCUCUGAUUAAAUACUCUCAUUGUAGCCAUAGUUUAUCGCUUUAUUUAAUGGUGUACAACGUGGUGUAUUUUAAAAUGUAUUUUGUUUGUUUUUUUAAUCCCUUUCAGGUGCGUCUGACCGUUUUCCCUGAGAAGACUGUAGCUCAGUACACCGGAGUGCCAUGGUGGAUCAUCUUUGUUGCUAUUCUUGCGGGAAUCUUAAUGUUGGCACUUUUAGUUUUUCUGUUGUGGAAGGUGAGUACAUGUUUAUUCUAAAUGUUAUUAUUAAAAUUGCUUAACUUAAUCUGUAAAUGUUAACUGAAUCUGUCGUACAGUGGUAUGCGUAGUAGGUAGUGAUAGUGAAAGAAGUUGUAGGAGUAGUGGAAGCAGUAAUAGCCGUAUUCAAGUUAUACAAUCGUUUAAUUAAUAAUGACCGCAUUAGACUUCCAUCUAAGUUUUCACCAGGAAUUUUCUAACAAACGUCUACACUGUAUCUACAUUGAGUGUUCUAUUUCAUAUUUCUUUCCAACUUUUUUUUUUUUUUUUUUAUAAAAUCACAUAUCAACCUGAUUUUUUUUAACAUUUUUUUUUUUAAUGUAAAUGUAUUAUUCAUGUGUAUGAUUGCUUUUUGAAUGAUUUUUUAAUCUAUAAUCAUGAUAAUUCAUACAAUCUUUCCCAUGACCUUGAUUCUUUGUAGUGUGGUUUCUUCAAGAGAGAUAAGAAAGAUCAGUUUGAUGCUACAUAUCACAAGGCUGAGAUCCAUGCUCAGCCGUCAGAUAAAGAGAGACUAACUACUGAUGCAUAGUAUUGAUCAACAAUCUGUGAUUUGGUAAUUGAUUAUUUUCAAUUGGUGGCUGCGGAUCAUGUUUUUUGGCUGCAAGGGUUUUGGAACUUAACACUCGCUUUUGCUGCACUGAACUUUUAUUAAUCAAUGGAUUUUUUGUGUGCAUUUUCCUUGUUUCUCUCUGCAAUAAAAGUGAUGAUAAUUUGGAAACACACCAUUCUUUAGUCAAUGGGGUAUAUUCACUAUUUAUUUUAGAUUUACCAAUAUAGCUUCCUUAUCCAGGGAUAACUACCUAGAGAAGUAAUCAUAAUGUUUUAGUGACUUAAUUAAACAUGAAGGUAAAACAGAACUAAAGCAAUAUUUGCAAAUGUAAAAAGGACAUGUAAUGUCAGGAAUUGGGGAUAAAAGUGAGGCACAUGAUCAAAGAUUUUGAACUCAAUGGGGCCAGUGAGGGAUUGACCUAUAUAAGUCAAGGAAGUGUAUGUCAAUAAACGGGUCUUUGACAGGUUGUGUGGACAAUGGCCAAUUGGAUAUGAUAAGGGCGUUUGAAAAUCAGAGUUGAGGUUAGGAGGAAGAAUGAUGAAUUCUGAAUGAAUACAUUGAUAAGAGGGACAGGUAGGAAUACAGAAGGAGAAGAAGUCAUAGUCAGGUACCAGGUUUUCUAAAGGUUUGUGUUGUAGAGUAAAUAUUCGAAAAUUGGUUAUUGGUAGACUAGAAAUUAGGUAUGUUGAGGGCGAAUAACCGCAACAUAUUGAGUUUGCUAAAGUGGGCUACUGGUGUAGGAAGUUUAGGAAGAUCAGGGAGGUGAGGUUGUGGUAGUCUGGUAAAGAUAAUAGAUUACAUGAGAAGUUCGAGGCAGAGCAGGUACUCAGUAUAUGGGUUUUUCAGUUAGGAAAGAGGUGAACAGGGUUGGUACAAGUAACAGAGAAUAUCUGAUUGUCAUAGAGAAGAUGACAAGAUGACACUAACUUUGUGAACUUUGGGGAGGAUGUUUGGGAUUGGGAAAUACUGAAAGAGAAAGUGAUAGAGAUGGUACUGCCAGGUAAAUGUAAAAGAUUCUCAUUUCAUCCAAGAUGGACAUUUUUUUUCUACUUGUCUAUAUUGAACUGAAUUAAGAGUUUUCACCUCAAAUCACCACCUAGUGAAUAUACCCCAGUGAAAAUUACUAUUUCCCAAACUGGAUUAGGAACCUCUAAAAUUAUUGAUCUAUUCUGACUUUAAACUGAUUUAAAUGCAAUAGGUUGCAUCUAAAAUUCCAAUAUUAGAUGAAUUCUCAAUAAGAAUGUGUGUGUUUUCAUACGAAGAUUUGUCAAAGGGAUGUCUAUGGUGUAUUUCCUGGCUUUGUGAGGGUUAAUUGUUCUUUAUUUCCUGCUUAUUUUUUAUUAUGCAAUUUUAAUAAAAUCUAAAACUUAAUUCUGAUACGUUGUGUAAGGCAACAAAAGUCACUAUAUAGUAUUCUAUCUACCAUUAUUUCAUAAGGAUUUAGAUAAGAACAGCAAAUGCAACAUUUUGUACCCUUUACACAUCACAGUGGAUCUCUGUAACACGGUGUAUAUAGCGUACUGUGAGACUCUGCAAUAAACUCAUAUACUGCACAUUACUAUUAGACUCUGCAAUACACUCACACAUACUGCCCAUUACUAUUAGACUCUGCUAUACACUCACACAUACUGCCCAUUACUAUUAGAUCCUGCUAUACACUCACACAUACUGCCCAUUACUAUUAGACUCUGCUAUACACUCACACAUACUGCCCAUUACUAUUAGAUCCUGCAAUACACUCACACAUACUGCACAUUACUAUUAGACUCUGCUAUACACUCACACAUACUAACCAUUACUAUUAGACUCUGCUAUACACUCACACAUACUAACCAUUACUAUUAGACUCUGCUAUACACUCACACAUACUGCCCAUUACUAUUAGAUCCUGCUAUACACUCACACAUACUGCUUAUUACUAUUAGACUCUGCAAUACACUCACACAUACUGCCCAUUACUAUUAGAUCCUGCUAUACACUCACACGUACUGCCCAUUACUAUUAGACUCUGCUAUACACUCACACACACUGCACAUUACUAUUAGACUCUGCUAUACACUCACACAUACUGCACACUACUAUUAGAUCCUGCUAUACACUCACACAUACUACCCAUUACUAUUACAUCCCGCUAUACACUCACACAUACUGCCCAUUACUAUUAGAUCCUGCUAUACACUCACACAUACUACCCAUUACUAUUAGGUCCUGCUAUAGACUCACACAUACUACCCAUUACUAUUAGAUCCUGCAAUACACUCACACUUACUGCACAUUACUGUUAGACUCUGCAAUACACUCACACAUACUGCCCAUUACUAUUAGAUCCUGCUAUACACUCACACAUACUGCACAUUACUAUUAGAUCCUGCUAUACACUCACACAUACUGCACAUUACUGGUAUACACUCACACAUACUGCCCAUUACUAUUAGACUCCGCAAUACACUCACACAUACUGCACAUUACUACUAGAUCCUGCUAUACACUCACACAUACUGCCCAUUACUACUAGACUCUGCUAUACACUCACACAUACUGCCCAUUACUAUUAUAUCCUGCAAUACACUCACACAUACUGCACAUUACUAUUAGAUCCUUCAAUACACUCACACAUACUGCACAUUAUUAUUAGACUCUGCAAACCACUCACACAUACUACCCAUUACUGGUAGACCAAUCAGUACAGUGUUAUAGACUGCACAUUGUUGUGGAUCCUUUAGUACACUCAUACAUUGCACAUUACUUUUGGCCCUUCAGUAUACCUAUACGCUGUGCACAUUAUUGUAUGGCUCUUUUACACACUGCAUGUUACUGUGGGGCCUAAUAUUCUUCCCAUGAAGUUGGACACCAGUGGGCAUGUGUAAAAGGGGGUGGAACUCUGUUACACAAUGAUACACACUGCACACUGUGGAACUCUGUCACACACUGAUACACACUGCACACUUUGGAACUCUGUCACACACUGAUACACACUGCACACUGUGGAACUCUGUCAACUCUGUCACACACUGAUACACACUGCACACUUUGGAACUCUGUCACACACUGAUACACACUGCACACUGUUGAACUCUGUCACACACUGAUACACACUGCUGAUACACACUGCACACUGUUGAACUCUGUCACACACUAAUACACACUGCACACUGUUGAACUCUGUCACACACUGAUACACACUGCACACUGUUGAACUCUGUCACACACUGAUACACACUGCGGAGCUCUGUCACACACUGAUACACACUGCAUACUGUUGAACACUGAUACACAAUACUCACUGUGGAACUCUUGUCACACACUGGUACACACUUUACACAGUGGAACUCUGUCACACUCAUACAAUAUGCACAGUUGAACUCUGUCACACAAUGAUACACACUGCACACUGUUGAACUCUCACACUGAUACACACUGCACACUGUGGAACUCUGUCACACACUGAUACACAUUGCACACUGUGGACCUCUGUCACACACUGGUACACACUUUACACAGUGGAACUCUGUCACACACUGAUAAACACUGCACACUGUUGAACUCUGUCACACACUGAUACACACUGCACACUGUGGACCUCUCACACUGAUACACACUGCACACUGUGGAACUCUGUCACACACUGAUACACAUUGCACACUGUGGACCUCUGUCACACACUGGUACACACUUUACACAGUGGAACUCUGUCACACACUGAUAAACACUGCACACUGUUGAACUCUGUCACACACUGAUACACACUGCACACUGUGGACCUCUGUCACACACUGAUAAAAACUGCACACUGUUGAACUCUGUCACACACUGAUACACACUGCACACUGUUGAACUCUGUCACACACUGAUACACACUGCAUGUUAUUUGAAAGCUCUGCAAUAUAUUCAAAUAAUGUUGUGUGACCACCACACCCAAGAAAAGGUGAUCUAGAAAUAUUUUAAUCAGUCUUUGAUUAAAAAUUUUUUUAAAAAGUGGUCAGAUUUACAUAAAAUGAUCACAAGCUUUUUGAUGACAGUAUCACUUUAAUUGGUUGGAUCACUGCUGUCUCUCGCUAACUAUGUCUUGGACAAACACUUUCCUAUAUUCUGUCUAAUUGUCUGCAUUUAACAUCUUAAGCACAUGUAGAUGUUCUUUUGUGUAAAUCCCAGGAUGACUGUGAUCUUGUCUCUCAUUGCAGUGUGGGUUCUUUAAGCGCUCCAGGUACGAUGACAGUGUCCCAAAAUACCAUGCUGUACGAAUUCCCAAAGAAGAUCGACAACUCAAAGACAGUAGUCUAGCAAAAGACUGUGAGAAAAAGCAGUGGGUCACUAAAUGGAAUGAAAAUGAAAGCUAUUCUUAGGGAGUUUUUAUUUAAAUUUUAUUAUUUUUAGUCAUUGAAAGAUUAUUGAAAUAUUGCUGAUAUGUGUAUGUGACAGAAACAAGAGGCUUUGACCCCUUAAGGGCAUGCUGGCCUUUUACGUCUGAAGCUGUGUCCUUAAAGGGUUAAACAUUGGUGGUCUCACGGUAUUCUUACUUAUCCUGAGGCCUUGGGCACCAUAAACAUGUGGAUGGUUACAGACAUGAGAUUUGCAUGUGAAAUAUUGAUAGAGUUGUGAUAGGUUGAGAGAUCUCUUGAAGUCCUAUGUUAUUCCAUAUACUUGGAAAAUAGGGGCAGUGUCAAUAUGGCCUUCCAGAAUGGAAUGAAUCGAUUUUGGUGCAAAUAUGUCCAAUAUAUGGCGUCUGUGCUCUAUAACAUAGAUUUUAUUUUAAUAUAAACUGAGAUUUAAUAGAAUUAUAAAAUGACUUAACGGAGAUCUCCAACUUAUCAUAAUUUAGUACAUCUCUCUCUCCGUUCUUCAAAAGGGAAUGGGUCCUGUUUGUUACCUAAGCUAAUGUGAAAGUUUUAAGCAAUAAAAUAGUUAUAUGGACCGCAAGCUGAAACUCCCUUUUGAAAGCAGGGCUGCAUUUUCAUCAUUUAAGACCCACAUAUUGCCUUUCAUUUUUUUUAAAUGUCCCUUCCAUGAUCUGCCUUAUUGUACAACUUGUGGUAUCACUGACCAUGCCAGCAUAUCGCACUGUGAUAUAUUGUAAUAUAUGGUAUAUAUAAAUCGGCCAGAGUUCUAUGCUAAUCUAAUCAAGCAAGUGGCCUCUGAGGUCAUCUUUGCUAAUGGAGCUUAUGAUUGUUUUUUUCUAUGUUGGUGACUAAUCGCAUAACAGGACUGGCAAAAUCUGCCUUCGUACAUCUUUACAGCCAAAUAAAUCUGCCUUGCAAUGCUGAGAAUCGACAUGCAAAGGAAGCCUGUGAUAGUCUAUGCAAAAUAGCAAUUCGCAAAAAAAAUGCAGUCGUCGUUUAUGACAUUGCCAAAAACAGCUAUUAUUUUAGUGUCAUUUUAUGGGCGUAUAAUGAUCUAACACUUUAAUUGCCCCUCUUUGGAAUUCAAAGAGUUACACUGGCAAUUGACAAUCUAUGGUUUACUGACAACGUUUUUCUACAGCUGCUGUGAUCAUCGGCUAGCUAAGGGACCUGCAGAUUGUCUACACUUGACUUAAAGUUUUGUCUGUAUUUAAAUGUGCAAUAGGUUGUCAUCUUUUUGUAUUGUACCAUCUGUGAAUUAUGUGUCAGAACAAAGUUUCAAAAAAAAUACAAAAAAACGCAAAAAUAGAAUCUUGCUAGGAUAACCUUCCGCUGUACAUAACUUGACUUACGGGGUAUUUAUUACUUUUUUGCCUUUAACAUUAAGGCCAGGAAAUAACUACAUGAACCGCUUUUCAAAUAAUUGAUGUGGGCUACGGUAAUCAAAAUUAACGUCAGUGCAAUUAUACUUUGUGUUCAUAGAACAUGUUUAAAAUAUUGCUACACAAGAGAAGACAUCCUGCCUACAUGUUUUAAUAUGCCUGUUUAAAUAGAUUGUGUUUUUUGUUUGUUUGGUUGUUGUUUUUUUUAACAGUUGAAAUGUCUGUGCCCAAUCGUUUAAAAAAAGUAGUUUGUGUUCCGGAAAAAAAAAAGAUAUAUCAUGGAACCUACUCAUGGAACAAAAUUAUCAUUCAAUAAAAAGACGUAUGUCUGUGAAACAUUUAUUUUUAUAAAUUUGGUGUGCACCUGUCUUUUUAAUCUCAGCAAAUCCAAAACUGGAAAGAUCUUUUUUAAUACGGAUGUAAAUGAGAUUUACGUUCAAGAGAAUCGGCUCUGCCAAUAAAUUACUUAUUCGGAAGAUUCAACAUAGAUGUAAGGUGAUAUAUUCUGUAUAACGUGUCUAUGCAGAAUGCUAGUUUGGACGUCAUUCAUACCUGAACAGGAACUGCUUUAUUUAAAAAAUAAAUUGGUAAUUAAAAGUAAAUUAAAGAGCUGUUUGGUGAUUAACUUGUAAUAUUCUUAUUAUACUGGAACAAUGAUAGUUUUCUAGACAAUGGAUUAUUAUUAUUACCUGUUAGUUAAUUUUAUUACAUUUAUUUGUGUGCAGAAGGAUUUUGUAAUAGGGUGUAAAUACGUGCUUAAAUACGUUUUAAAAGUGUUCUAUCAAAGAGCAGGAAUGGCAGGAAAGUCUGAUGGGUUAUAUUCAGCACAAAUGAUUUCAAAUAAAUAUAUUGUUAUACUUUGUAUUUAGGUUAAAUUUUUUUAAUACAUGGCCGGGUAGCUGCAACUGUCAGAGUGCAACUCCCAUCACGGCUCGAACAACUGAAUUUAGUAUGACAUUGAAGUGCCUCCCGUAAUUCAUUGAACUGGAGAAAUCCAACACUGAGUAGUAACUAAUAACAACAAAGUAUUUAACUAGGAAAGGUAUUCCAAUUCCAAUUACUCUGGUCAACAUCUAGGGGAUGUUACGUCACUUAACAUGAUCAUUGGACAACGUUUUAUUUGCAAUGUAUUGAUUUAAUAUCUUGGAGCACGGAAUUUAUGAACUACCAUUUCUCUCAGGCUCAGCCAGCCUCUCUUUGUUGUGGCAGGUGGCCUGUUUUUGCCAGGUGCUUUUAGCUCCAAGAAAAGUGGUUUAAAUUUUCACCGUGGCUGGAAACCAUCACUCUAAAUGCACCUUCCUUAUAUGUAAUACCUGGGUUUCCUCCCCUUUAAAGAGCAGUAUGAAUAAUUCCGCUAAUGUAUGUAUCUUCACGUAUGAAUCACAUAGCACAUAUUUUAUUUUGUGUUCUGUCUCUGUAAAACAGCUCGAUAAGAAUUCUUAGAACGUGCAGAAAUUCUAAACUGAUAUCCAUGAACGCGAUGGAUUAGUAGUAAUAAAAAGUUGUCUUGCCAAUAGAGUUCUAAAAUCUAGAAUAAAUUAGCCAAUUAAAGAAAUAAUCUAGCAAUAAAAGGGUGAAUUGUCACGAAUUCACAUAUGUUUUCAGUUAGAUUUUAUUGAUUGAAAAUAGAAAAUUCACUUUGAAAUCCUGGUAUUUCAUACCAUAGCGAAUAAUCCUGUCUGUAACAUAUUUAUAGACUUUAUGUUAAUAGUAAAAUAUGCAGAUUAAUUUGAGUCUUUUUUCUGAAAUAUAAAAAAAAUAAGUUUCAUCCUCUUCUUUGCAAAUUUUAACAAAACCUAAAUACUUUAUUAUAUUUUACUAGCAUUUAAUAUUAGAAGGAGGUGCUAAUGCAGAGAUUAAUAUUCUGCACUAACGUUUAGAUUAGAACAAAUGUGCCGCAAAACUACUGUGUAUAUAUUCCUGCUACCGCCUCUCAGCUGCUAAAUAGCUGACAAACACUGGAUUGAUAGUCUCAUUAUAGGGGCAUAUAGAAUAAUUCCUAUAAUAUAUAAUAUGCCUUAUAAUACCUAAAUAAACUAAUUUUCUUAGCGAUAUAUUUUGAUGUAGAUUUUAAGAUGAAUAAUAACUCUGAAUAGAAGGCGUGAUAAUAUUGAGAUUCAGUAACCCAGGAGAUUAAAUCAUUAGAUAAUGGUUAUUGAUAAGAAUGACAAAUGGUGCCUUACUGCUCUCACUGCUAUCCAUAAGAACGAAUGUGAUCCUCUUGCACAAGCUCAGUACAGCUGUCCAUUGAUUUCAGUAGGGAAGAUAACAGAGCUAAGUGUAUUGGGCAUCGCUGUUCCCUAUGGACAUAUCCAACAGUAAAAUGUAAAUACAUGAGCUAUAUAGCCAAGCUGCACUUUUUCCAAAAACCCAAAAAGAACAAAUCUGAAGCCUUAACAGUGUCGCUGUUAAUCCAGUUAACAUUUCCUAGAUAGGAGAGGCUCUUUUUGGACAGAAAGAAAAACCCGUUAAUGUAGCUAGUUUGUUAUUGAACUUUGACAGUGCCUUUAAUGCAGGUUGGUUGAGGGAAUUCAAGUGAAACUAACAUAAACUGUGUGUAGGCCUGAGUUCAGGUCUAAAUAUUAGCCGUAGUCUGAUUCCUCGGUUUUUGACCUGUGACUUGAAGACUGAUAAAACCUGCUUUGAUGCUCCAUUGACCUUCAGGAAUGAAUCCCAUUUUAGAGUUUUUGGAAUGGUUAAUGUAUCUUCUUUCUUUUUUUCUUUAAAUAACGUGUUUCAAAUGUCUGUAGCUCCUUGGAUGGAGAGCUGGGUUUAAGUGAUGGUAGUGUUAAAACCAUAGGGUCAGAGAUAUCUUCAUUAUUGGUUCUAAUGCAUUCCUUGCUUUGACAUUCCCAUUGACCUCAUGGAAAUAUAUAGUAGGUAGACUCAUAUGAUACAAUGAGCUAUGUUAGUAUUGCCAUGUAUCACAAUGUAAAGGAGAUAUCAGCUGUUCCCAUCAUUAUGUUAUUAUUUUAGGGGAAUUAAAGUCUCUCAGGUACUUCCCUAAUGGUCCAUCAGGUAGUUUGCCCUCUUGGGUGGUUAUAUCGUAAUAUCGUGCCAUCAAGAAUCCAGCACCAAGUGUGAAUCCAGGCAAUAGAUAUAUUCAUCUCAUUACAGUUACGUUCUCUUCUUGUCCACACUGGUUUAUAUUUAUAGAGAAAUUGUCCCUCUUUUGUUCACAUGAUUGAUAGCGGAAAGCUGAGUCUUGAUGUUAUUCUUUAGAUCAAUGUAGUUUUAGAAAUGUUUACAAAGUAUACAUUUAAGAUAAGAACUAGAAUUCUGAGAACUAGAUACAUUUAUCGUAAGAUUGCAACCUGCAGGGUAUAUACUCAGGACUCACCUGUACCUGUAAGAUGCUUAAUGCAAAAUUAAUCUCAUCAUUAUUUAAUAUUAUGCUUCUUAGAGCAUUCUGACUUUUGACUCCCCUUGUAUAUUAAAUGUUGGCAAAAAUAUAUAAUUUCAAUAAAAUACCAUUUGUUUCAGCGAGAACCAACUCUGUCUCGUCCAUAUGUUAGUCUAUACACGAGGACCUUCAUGUUUCUGCACAUGGUCUUCCUCGGACAGUGAUGUCUGCUCUUUAUCACUCCAGUUGCUCUGGACUAUAUUUCUAGGAGUGUCAGUCUCAGCAUCAUGGGAAAUGUAGUCAAAACAAUUUGGGUACCAAGGUUUAGGCCUCACUAUUCUAGAAGACAAAAGGAACCAAAAAUGUUUUAUUCAUAGAAGUAAAAGCUCUGUAAACACACAGCUAAAAACACCUCCUGUAGAUUGUUACACGACGCUGCAUAAAGCUAUGUUAAAAUGCAUUAUUACAGAUAUAUUCAGUUUACACUAAGGAUACAGAACACUUAAUGACUUAAUAACACUUAAAAGAUGUCUCUUUUUUUUUUUUUUUGCUACUGGACUAGAUUGCCUGGCCGGCUAAUAACAAUUCAGAGCAUAUUGGAUGUCUGUCUGUAUGUCGUUAGGCAGGCAACAGGAAUACAAUGGCGGCAGGCCCACUCUGCUCCACCCAAGUCCUCCACUCAGCCUGUCCUUUCCUUACGUCCCUCUCCCUCCUGCAAUAUAGAGUGACUUCAGGACAAUCUGGCUGCAGGGAGAACUUGGCGUUGGAACGGCAGUAAGUUUACGUUUUAUUUAUUUAAUUUUUUUUUACGUUUGAGGGGAGAGCAAUCCAGGAUAGAAAGGGUCAUGCUAACCAAAUUCAGGGUUUUCUUAAAGCACUGGCUUCUGGCUGGAGUAACCAUUUAAAAGAUUGUCAAAAAAUUAAGUUUGUAAUUGAAAGGUUUUUUUUGUUUUUUUUUUGUAUAAUAUUAAUAAGUAUUGUAUUUUGGAACUGUGGGCAGGGGGUAGUUAGGGGGAGGGAAGGUAUCAUAUAUAUGAGUGUAUGGUAGGUUCUGUACAGUAAAGUUAGUAACUGGUAGACAGUGUUAUAUUCCGGACGAAUUAAACAUGCACAGAAUUAGAAAGAAAAGGAAUUUAGUAAUCCACCUCUACAUGAAGCUACAGUGUUACCUGACAGGGGUUAUUGUUAAUAGAUCGUGUUAGCUAAUCAAUGAUUAAUAAAAAUAACUAAAUAUUGAGAAUGGAUGGGGGCAUGGCCCAAUAUCUCUCUUAUGAACUUUUAUAUGAAUAAUUAGAUGCACCUCUUCACUGUCAUCAAACGGUUUAGAUUCGCUGCCAAUUGUAGACAAUUUGUAAAUAGAUGUUCAAACAGGGCUUUUUACUAAAGGGAGAAUUGUUGCGAAUUCAAAGUCAAUUCAAAUGAAUUUCUAAUUUAAAGUCAAAAUGGAAAAUCAUCUCCAAUUCGAUUAUGCUUCUAGUUGGGCUACUUUGGCCUUACGUUCACUGUGAAUUCCCAACAGUUGUCACUUUAGUAAAUAAGCCUGAUGAAUUCUCCAAAGAUAUUAUCUAAGCAUUAUUUUUAUGGUCAGCUAAAAAAGAACUUUGUAUCUUGGGUGAACUGGGUAUUUUUCAAAGUUUCUUGGCAUAGCCUUAAUUUUGCAAGUUUGACACAUUUAGCAAAUAGACCAUUUGAACACAGGAACCUUUUAAUAAUAUAACUUCUAAAAAUCAGAAAAUCAGAAAUCGACUUUUGCAAAUGUGGCUGGUGUGCAUGCCUAUGUUUAAGACAUUGCCUCGGUUUUCAAUAAAAAUAGAGAAAGACAUUCACUUCUUUAUAGGUAUGUUUAAAGACACAAUGAUUGAAUGCAAAAGAAUAUAUAUAUAUAAAUAUUAUUAUAUUUUACUAUUGAAGGUAGUGUUACUACUGAUUAUGUUAGCAAAUACGGAAAUAUCAGAAGAGUGUAAAUGUCUUAAAUCUUAUUUUGUAUCAUACCUAAAAUAAUGUAAAUGUUCAAAAAUAUGAUGUGUUUUGCAAUACCUGACUAUUACAUUAAACACACCUGUUUCUGUGCCACCGCUGUUUGCAAAGCACUGCACGCCUAGACUCAGCACACACUGUGAUCGGUGUUCUAACUACAUCACAUUUACUUCUGUGUUGGCAAUUCAUUUUAUACUAAUUAGUAAUGUUAAAGAAUUCUAUGCAUUGGAUAUACCUGUGGAUAUUUGUAAAAAAAAUGUGUGAAAUAAAAUUGUUUUUGUAAAAAAAAAUAUAUUGAAAAACCUUGUUUCUUUGUACUGUUAUGUGUUAAGUAGAACAAAAGCAUUAUAACUGAAGUAUGCAAAAAAUAUAUACGUAACCGAUAAAAACAAUUCUAUCAGACUGUAUUCUUGUAGUGGAAAACAAAGAAAAGGCUGCGCCAAGAUACUAAACAAAUAAAAUAAUUAAACGUAGUAAAAAAAAGAGUCCCAGUAUAAAAUAGUAAAAAAUAAUAUAAAAUAGUUCCAAUAUUAAAAAUUGUCCAAACUGGUAUGGUGUCUUCUUUGUUAGCAGUCGUCCGUCUCACGAUAUGAAAGACACAAUGGGAAAAGAACCAAUCGUGCAGAUUGUAUAAAUAAGUGAUAGUGAAAUUAAAAUAUAAAUUUCGCACUCACAUUUCCAUGAGCUAGGACUAGCUCUAGUAUGAUGGGCAUACAGCGGAUAACCCCCCGCUUAUGGGGGUGCUUGUCCUCCUGGGGAGUGCUGAUGUCCAGUUCUCAAAAGGAGAGAAAAACAGCAAAUAGUGCUCUCUGAUAAGGUAGUUGAUAAGAGGUUAAAAAAUAAAUAAAAUAUACUCACAAAUAGAGUGCAGUCCUUUCUGCACUCUGUAUAUCGCGUGGGUGGUAUAAUCCCCACCUUAGGAUAUGCCAGGAACAGUAAAUGAAGAUAAGAUAGUAAAAAAGAAUAAAUAAAUCUCUUUAUAUUAUUUAUUCUUUUUUACUAUCUUAUCUUGGCGCAGCCUUUUCUUUGUUUUCCUGUACAUCUUCACUAUAGAGGGUUAGAGGGUGACCCCCUAUUAGGCUGCUGCCUCCUUAUCCAUUUUUUCCUUUUAUUAUUAGCGCUAACCUUUUUAACUUUUCUCUUGUAUUCUUGUAGUGCUGGGAAAAAAUGAGAAAAUGUGAGGGCUCUGAAGAAAUGAAACGUAGAUUGUACUAGGUAGGGUUAAGUAGAGAAUCAAUAUUGACAACAUGCUCAGUGAAAUAAGUUAAUAGAACAUGUAACACAACGUAGUGUGAAUUGUUAGUAAUUCAGAUUUAGCAAUUUUAAAAUUCAUAUUCAUGUUAAGUGAAGAUGUAAAUAGCUGAACUGAAGCUGAUACAGAGUGUUAGCCAUUUUGGCAGACAUUAUGUAAUUUACUUUGAAUUCUUGACAAUUCACACUUUAUUUAAUGACGAUUACCGGUUUCACUAAACCUGGAAAUUUAACAUUUUUAGGUUAAAAUAAUCAAGCUGCACAUCCAACUCCUCGAAUAUGUACAUGGAAAUAUGGACCCACUGGAUACUGACUACUACCAAGGCAGAAUUCACAACCAGACUCCAAUACGACACGUAAGGACGCAGUGACGAGGCCGCAUAGACCGACAAACACAGAGACGACCUAGACAGACGUGACCCAGACGCGGACGCACCCCGACCCCCUCACCUCCCCAGACGCCACUACCCUGACACCGCCCCCAAUCCCAAACACUGCACACGAACAGACAAGUACUAGGCACACGCCAGUGACAACAUAAGAGCGGACCUAUAAGGCCUCCGUGGAGACGCUCACUCCCCCAUGAGGGGACAACAGAACAUAGGACACCCACAUGCACGUUCUCCAGAUCAGGCCACGGGCCUUAACGCUGGGCUCAAAGGGACCAGCGGACCCACCCUGGCACCUUAGCAUUUACUAGAGGUAAUGCCCGACCACCUUACUGCAACGAGACUCGUGGGCCCAACACACGACUAUAACACCUGCUACAUUGUGACCUGCGCGUCACCAAUGCUGGUUUGGCAGACCGUCAUUCCUUUCCAACGGCUGCUUAUGUCCUACCCUGAGUGGACCUGCGAGUCCACACUGAAGUUUGCUUAAUGUUACUUAACAAACGGAUCAACUGAAUACAAAUGAUAAACCAGUUUAGGGACAAGAACUGCAUGCUGUAAGGGACCUGCGAGUCCACCGCAAAUGUGGGCCUGUGCGCCCGAAUGGUCGCCCUAAAAACGCUAUACACAUGUUGUGCUUUGGUUAUUGUACCCUAAAUGCAUACGGAGACCUGCGAGUCUCAAUGUGACUUACUUUCGACACUGUAAACCGAAAUAAAAACAUAUUUACAAAAAAAAAAUGAUCAAGCUGAAAGAAAUUCUCUAAAAACUAUGUUUCUAGUUUGGGCUAUUUUGGUCUAAAGUUUUUAACUCUCUUGUUAAUUCCCAACAAUUCCCCGUUUAGUGCACAACCCAGUGUGAGCUGUAUUCACUAAACAGGGAAUUGUGUAGAACCAUCAAGGAUUUUUAAACAUUUUUUUUGUUACAUUCUGGCCUACAAUUCAGGGUUUAAUAAAUACACUGCAAUAAUAAUUUAAACAAUGAUAUAGAGCCCAGGCUGUACCAAAGGAAAUGACUGAAAGAGUCGAAGAGAAUGUCAUUGCUUAGUCAAUUGGUGGUUUUUCUUUAUUAAAACAAUAAAACUGAGGUGCAUUUUGAAUAAUUAGACAAAUGCAAAAAUAAAUAGAGUAAACACUCAGAAGUUAAAUUGACACUUUGAGUACCUAUACAAGUUUAAUCCGUUUGGUAGAUUUUGCCUGCAUCAACAUGCUGCAUUUUAGUGCAUGUUCAAAUCUUUCUACAUCGUGCAGAAAAAAAAAAACUUUCCCAGAAUGCAACACCGUAAGCGUGCCAUAAGUGGGAUACCAGAGGACAAAAGGGCCAGGAAAAUGUAUUGUGCAUAUGUUUGAAGGCUCCUGGUGGGAUUGCGUGUGUGUAGAGUGAGCUGAUUGUAGUGUGGUGCUUUAUAUAAAUAGGUUGGUUUCAGUUGUGUAGCUGUAGUGUGUAUGUCAGGAAUGUUGUGUGUGUAGGUUGUGCAGUGUGUGUCUAUAGGUGAUCUAAUGUGUGUAGGGCAGAGUUUCCCAAUUAAUUUUUCCAGUGCCAGUACACCAAUUGGGAAACGUUGGUGUAGGGGAUCCAGAGUGUGUAUAGGAAAUCUAGUGUGUGUGUGUAGGUUGUGCAGUGUGUGUAUUACGGAUGUAAAAUGAUGUAAAAGAUGUCUCUUUUUUUUUUGUAUUUUUUUUUUUGCUACUGGACUAGAUUGCCUGGCCGGCUAAUAACAAUUCGGAGCAUAUUGGAUGUCUGUCUGUAUGUCGUUAGGCAGGCAACAGGAAUACAAUGGCGGCAGGCCCACUCUGUUCCACCCAAGUCCUCCACUCAGCCUGUCCUUUCCUUACGUCCCUCUCCCUCCUGCGAUAUAGAGUGACUUCAGGACAAUCUGGCUGCAGGGAGAACUUGGCGUUGGAACGGCAGUAAGUUUACGUUUUAUUUAUAUAAUUUUUUUUUUGUUUGAGGGGAGAGCAAUCCAGGAUAGAAAGGGUUAUGCUAACCAAAUUCAGGGUUUUCUUAAAGCACUGGAUUCUGGCUGGAGUAACCAUUUAAAAGAUUGUCAAAAAAUUAAGUUUGUAAUUGUAAGUUUUUUUUUGUAUAAUAUUAAUAAGUAUUGUAUUUU